AUGUACGGCCAAAGAUCUGGCAGCUCUGCCUCCAUGUAUGGAGGUGGAGUUGGAGCAGGAUCAGUCAGGAUCUCUGGAGGUGGCGGUGGUGGAGGUGUUGGAGGUGGGUUUGCGUACCUCGGAGGUAUGGCUACUGGUGUCGUAGGGGGGAAAGGUUCUGGCUUCUCCUUUGAUGCUGCUGGUGGCGGUGGUGGUGCGGAGAUGGACAUCUCCACCAAUGAGAAGGCCUGCAUGCAGAACCUGAAUGACCGUCUGGCAGCUUACCUGGAGAAGGUGCGCAACCUGGAGGCAGCCAACGCAGAGCUGGAGAGGAAGAUCAGAGAGUUCCUGGAGAAGAAGACAUCCGGCUCCUCCGCCAAUGACUACAGUGCCUACUACGCCACCAUCGCAGAACUGCAGGGAAAGGUAGGUCCAUCCUCCUGAUAGGCUGAAAUGUUGUCAUGUGACCUCUGAGAGUGAAGAACAAGACACUAAAGCAGAGAUGUCUCUGAAAGUCUGAAUGAACUUUUCAGCAUCAAACUAAACAAACCCUUUAACUUCAUUUAACUGUAAAGCUGGAAUAAAGUGGGAAUAAGCUUCAGCUCAAACCUCUGUAGAUCAGUCCAAUCUAUAGUUUACCUUGUGUUACUCUUAGCGUAAACUUCAAAAACAAAGACCAAAAAUUUAAAAAGUGAAUGUUUCUUCCUCUCUUUUCAUUUUUCAGAUCAUAGAAGCUAGCAACGUAAACGCCGGCAUCUACCUCUCCAUUGACAACGCCAAGCUGGCUGCAGACGACUUCAGAAUCAAGUCAGUGAAUAUGUUCAUUUAGCUCAUUUAGCUCAUUCACUCAUUCGCUGUUUCCUGAUGUUCCUCAGUCAAGGAUUUGCACACAAAGACCUGUGAUAGUAUUGUUAGGACAUGAACUCUGCUGUUAGCCUAAAAACAUAUAGGAAGACCUAUCAGUGAGUCUCCAGCUGUUUCCAGGCAGAAAACCAUUAGCUGUCCUGUUAGCUUCCAUGCUAAUGUUCUCUAUGCAUGUGUCAGUUUAUGUUAGUUUGUGUUAGUUUUAGAAAAAACAACCCUCCAGAGACACAUUCAUGACUCCUUCUGAUUUGCUCCUUGGUGCAGGUUCGAGAAUGAGCUUGCCAUGCGCCAGUCGGUGGAGGCGGAUAUCGGCGGGUUAAGGAGAGCCCUGGACGAACUGACCAUGGCCAGGUCAGACCUGGAGAUGCAGAUCGAGGGCCUGAAAGAGGAGAUUAUCUUCCUCAAAAAGAACCAUGAGGAGGUGGGUGAAUCUCUUCAAUCCAGUUCAGAAUCCAGGAGGCAAUACUUUAAAUCAAAAGAGUUUGUCACUUUUCCAUGGACUGAAAGUCGAUUCCAUUUUUGCUUCUGUCUGCAGGAUCUGAUGAACAUGAAGACUCAGGUGGGUGGUCAGGUGAAUGUGGAGGUGGAUGCCGCCCAGGGACCAGACCUGAACGCGAUCCUGGAGGAGAUGAGGAAGUACUACGAAGAUCUCGCUGAAAAGAACCGCAAAGAGCUGGACGCCUGGGCACAAGCAAAGGUCAGCUGUGUUUCAGGAUGUUUUUUUCUCUCAGUGAAAAUAAGAAUAUAUUGAUCUCUUUUCAAAUAUUAAAGAUACAGAUACCCCCAUGAAGAAGAACAGCCUGUUGAUGCAUCAGGAGUUCAGAGUUUCUCAAUUAAGGAUCAAUUGAGAUGAAGUUUUAUAGCUUUAUGAAUUAUCAAAUCAGUGUCUUUGAGUAUUCUCACAGUUUGUUUGACCCUGCUGUUGUCUUUGUCCUCUGCACAGACAGAGGCAUUGAACAAAGAAGUCGCUGAAGCCACAGAAUCCUCCUCAAUAUCCAAAUCAGAGCUCACUGACCUCAAGCGAACUCUACAGGCCCUGGAAAUUGAGCUACAGUCACAGCUUAGCAUGGUGAGCAUCAUUCAUCAUAAACCUUCUAUCUCCUCCAGCUGCUGUAAAUGAUAAACUGAACCUGCUCCUCUUCUCUGCUGCAGAAAGCUUCACUCGAGGGAACUCUGGCCGACACACAGAACCAGUACGCCAUGAAGCUGUCAGGUUACCAGAACCAGGUGAGCUUGAUGUUACAUAUUACUGCUCAGGAUGUCACUGCAGAUUAAACUUUGAAAUCCAAACUCUUUCCUAUUCUUCUUCUUGUUCUCCAGGUGAUCAUGAUGGAGGAGCAGCUGUGCCAGCUGAAGGCACAGCUGGAGACUCAGUCCCAGGAGUACGAGGUGCUGCUGGACAUCAAGACCAGAUUGGAGAUGGAGAUUGCAGAGUACAGGAGGCUGAUGGAUGGAGAGGGAGGCGGGUGAGUAAUGGUUUACAUGGAGGAUUAAAGUCCUUCGAGUGUUCAGGAUUAUUUGUGACCUUCCUUUCAACAAAAACCUGUUUUCAUUUGAUUAAUUUUAAGGUGAAGAGUCCCAUUAAGUAUGAGAGAAAUCAUUUCUGUUUUCUAGUAUAAAUCUGUCCUGCACUCUCAGCAGCAGCGUCAGGGAGACUCUCGGUUUAGAACGAGAUAAGUUAAAGUCUUUGUCUUCCUCCUGCAGCUCUGGCUCUGGUUCUGGUUCUGGCUUCGGCUCUGGCUCAGGCUCUGGCUUCGGCUCUGGCUCAGGCUCUGGCGCUGGUGCUGGCUCUGGCUCUGGCUCUGGCUCCGCCAGCGUCACCGUUGUAUCUCCCCCAGUCUCCACCACCGUCAAAAAACAGAAGGUCAUCACGAUCGUGGAGGAGCUAGUGGACGGAAAGGUGGUCAGCUCCAGCAGCUCUGAGGUCACCAAUGAGCUGUGAUUCCCUGAAGGGGGCGCUCUCACUCAGCUGUCAAAGAAAUAAAGGUUAAAAUAAAAGUCUGCUGAGGAGCUUAAAAACUAAAGACUGCCCGUUGUCUUCUUUCUUAAAUUAUUGAAGUGCAGUUCAUCUUUAAGCCACUAGACUAGGCUAGCAUCGAAAAAUUAAAGAGAAGAUUUCUAAACAACAAGAUUAAAAUGUAUUAAUCAUCUCUUUUUUUCAUGUUUAUUCAGUUUCAAAUAAAGCUUGAAACUUUUUAAUCUAAUAAAAGAAUUGCAGGCAGAGAACUGCAAUAUUUAAAAAAAUAUGCAGAUCAAUAUUGCAGAAACCUUGACUCCUGUCAUCAUGUUACUAAAAUGAAGUCAUUUGUUAUCAGAACAGAGACAUUUGUCUGAAUAAAGUCAUCAUGUUCUCAGAAUAAAGGUCUGCAAAAUGCAGGUUCCUGAUUACCAAACAGUUGCUGGUGUGAAAUGCAUCUGUUUGAGUGAUUUGGAUUUGCACCUUCAGCCUUCCAGCUGAGGGUCUGGAGAACAAAUACCUUCUUUAGAAUAUAGACCAAGUUCUUAAAAAGUAAUUAUAGUUUAGAAAGGCCUAAAUCAAGGCUUUUACCAACCCUGACCUGCUGUCAGUUUGAACAUGUUUAGAUUUCUCUCCUCAGAGCGAAAUAACUGAGCUGAAAACACCUCUCAAUCAAAAUGUUGAGCAUAGUCUCAAUCCGGGUUUAAGCUUCAUUAGGGCCACAGGGCAAACGCCCCAAGGCACUGCUGUUUUUUCUUAUUCCUUUCCUAGAGAAUUUUCGAUUUGCUACUAGUCCUACUGCUUAAAGAGCUGUAGGACAAAUUAUAUAUUGAAACACAUGGUUUGAUUAAGAUUGGUCAGCUAUUACUUCUCUCUGUUGUAUAUCAAUUUGUUGAGACAUAUGUUGUGAGAAUCAGCGCAAAAAAUUGGAUUGAAGUCGACAGGACAAGCACAGAAAAGGCACUUUUUAAAAAUGACUACUGCUCCGGCUUUGGUUUUUUUUGUUGUAUUUAAAAAAAAAAGAAUGUUUGUUGUAGGUGUGCUUCACAUAUAUUAUAUCAUAAUGCUAAUCAUAUCAAUUUUUUGAAAUAUCUGAAGAAUCUCAUUAAAUUUACAUACCCUGGCAGUGGCACCCAUGGCCCUCUCAAUGUUUCCCAGAGAGAAUUUCUAGUUAUAAAUCAGCUCCUCAACAGAAAUCACAGCCUUCCAGUGCCAGCUCAUAACAUAAUAAACAGCCACCUGAAAAUCCUAGGUAUGAGUAAAAACACAUGUAAACAGAUCUGCCCAUGGCUACUUAAAAAAUGCAUCUUUCCAGUAAAUAUUAAACUCUUACUGAUUUUGUGUUUCCCCUCGGGCCACAACUUUCAGCAACACACACUUUCUGUCAUCUCUGUCUUUAUUAGUGCCAACUACUUUAGCUAAAAGUGUAAUAUUUUACUGUUGGUAAUGUUUGAAACGUGUUUCAAUGGUAUCUGCUCAUUGUGAACAUAAACGAUUACAGUUGGGAUAAAGUAUGGUUAGGAUCAUAAGCAAGAUCUAUAUGUAAUAUUUAUUUAAACAAACCUUACCAACAGUCAGAGGAAGUAAAGAUUUUGUUUGGUCUUAUCAAAUGAUCAUUGACUAAAAUAUUGAUGUUGGAUCACAGCAGGUUUCCUUCUGCAGACACAUUAAUUCAUUAUGCCCCAGUUUCAUAAAUGAAACCAAACUUCUUUGGUUUUUCUGUAAUAAGCGCACAGAUAUCUGUAAGUGCUGAUUGUUUCUAACAUUAUAUCCCUGCAUACAGCACAGAUGGAAACUGGGAUUUUAACCCAACAAGAUUUUUUUCUAGACCUUCAAAGUAUUUGAUCUUUGCUGUGACUCUCUUUUCAACUUGUCCACUCUUUUCUCUCUAAGUCACCAAUAAGACAUUGCUCUGACAUAAAGAAGUUGUGUUUAUCAUGUUUCAGUGAAAUCAAUCAGCAGCCUUUGAAGAAACUGACAGCUCAAACACGUUCAGUCUGAUUCUUCUUGGCAAACACUUAGUAUGUAAUUGUUUUCUGUUUGUCAUGAACCCUGUAAUGAUUUAGUUUCUCCGUGUACUGUAGCACCACACCUUUCAGCACCAUAACCUCGUACAAUCUCUGCUCUUUUCUGAAAUCCUCUGUGCAGAGAGAUUAGUCCUGUGACUCUUUCACACUUUUUUGUUUGAGUAGCACCUUGUCCUGAUAUUUGACUGUAUGACAAACUCUGCUCAGUCUCAGUUUUGUUUACUUGGGAUUACUCAACUGACAAAGAUUGUGUUUCAUCAAAUAUCUGCUGUACUUCAUUCCUCUUUGCCUCACAACUGCCACCAAAUCCUGCAGCCCAGGAUACCUCACCCUGCAGUUAUGACACUGAGAAAGCAGCUGCUCAGGUGAGGUCAGUCACUCUGUACCUGCAGACUGACUGGAUGUGUUGUUGUUGUUAAUGCACUGACUGAUCAUUGAAUGUUAUUGUCAUCCAGUUCUGAACUUGCCUGCAGCUCUGCUUUGAUCUCUGAUUGUGGUUGGGUUUACACUUAUAGGUGAACACACUAAUGAUGGGUGGAUUCCUCUUUCUCAGACACACCUUCAGCCCACUGACCCUCCAAAGAAUGAUUCCAGGACAGGUGUCUCCUCCUUGCUAUGGCACCAUCAUCCAUCCUUCCUCCUCCUCCUCCUCCUCCUCCUCCUCUUCAGCUCUCCUAACACUAUAAAACAUCUGUCUCUGAGAGUUUCACACUGUCUCCUCUCCUCAGCUGAAGCAGAAAGACAGCCUCCUUCUCUUAAUCACCAUGUACGGCCAAAGAUCUGGCAGCUCUGCCUCCAUGUAUGGAGCUGGAGUUGGAGCAGGAUCAGUCAGGAUCUCUGGAGGUGGAGGUGGUGGAGGUAGUGGAGGUGGGUUUGCGUACCUCGGAGGUAUGGCUACUGGUGUCGUAGGGGGGAAAGGUUCUGGCUUCUCCUUUGAUGCUGCUGGUGGUGCCGGUGGUGGUGCGGAGAUGGACAUUUCCACCAAUGAGAAGGCCUGCAUGCAGAACCUGAAUGACCGUCUGGCAGCUUACCUGGAGAAGGUGCGCAACCUGGAGGCAGCCAACGCAGAGCUGGAGAGGAAGAUCAGAGAGUUCCUGGAGAAGAAGACAUCCGGCUCCUCCGCCAAUGACUACAGUGCCUAUUACGCCACCAUCGCAGAACUGCAGGGAAAGGUAGGUCCAUCCUCCUGAUAGGCUGAAAUGUUGUCAUGUGACCUCUGAGAGUGAAGAACAAGACACUAAAGCAGAGAUGUCUCUGAAAGUGUGAAUGAACUUUUCAGCAUCAAACUAAACAAACCCUUUAACUUCAUUUAACUGUAGAGCUGGAAUAAAGUGGGAAUAAGCUUCAGCUCAAACCUCUGUAGACCAGUCUGAUUUGAAACAAAAGAGUAUUUGUAACACAGGUCUAGUUUACCUUGUGUUACUAUUUGCAUAAGCUUCAAAAACAAAGACCAAAAAUCAAAAAGUGAAUGUUUCUUCCUCUCUUUCAUUUUUCAGAUCAUAGAAGCUAGCAACGUAAACGCUGGCAUCUACCUCUCCAUUGACAACGCCAAGCUGGCUGCAGAUGACUUCAGAAUCAAGUCAGUGAAUAUGUUCAUUUAGCUCAUUUAGCUCAUUCACUCAUUCGCAGUUUCCUGAUGUUCCUCAGUCAAGGAUUUGCACACAAAGACCUGUGAUAGUAUUGUUAGGACAUGAACUCUGCUGUUAGCCUAAAAACAUAUAGGAAGAUCUAUCAGUAAGUCUUCAGCUGUUUCCAGGCAGAAAACCAUUAGCUGUGCUGUUAGCUUCCAUACUAGUGUUCUCUGUGCAUGUGCUAGUUUAUGUUAGUUUGUGUUAGUUUUAGAAAAAACAACCCUCCAGAGACACAUUCAUGACUCCUUCUGACUCACUCCUUUGUGCAGGUACGAGAACGAGCUCGCCAUGCGCCAGUCGGUGGAGGCGGAUAUCACCGGGCUGAGGAGAGCCCUGGAUGAGCUGACCAUGGCCAGGUCAGACCUGGAGAUGCAGAUCGAGGGCCUGAAAGAGGAGCUGAUCUUCCUCAAAAAGAACCAUGAGGAGGUGGGUGAAUCUCUUUAAUCCAGUUCAGACUCCAGGAGGCAAUAUUUUAAAUCAAAAGAGUUUGUCACUUUUCCAUGGACUGACAGUCACCUCCAUUUUUGCUUCUGUCUGCAGGAUCUGAUGAACAUGAAGACUCAGAUGAGUGGUCAGGUGAAUGUGGAGGUGGAUGCCGCCCAGGGACCAGACCUGAACCAGAUCCUUCAGGACAUGAGGGAUCACUACGAAGCUCUCGCUGAAAAGAACCGCAAAGAGCUGGACGCCUGGGCACAAGCAAAGGUCAGCUGUGUUUCAGGAUGUUUUUUUUUCUCAGUGAAAAUAAGAAUAUAUUGAUCUCUUUUCAAAUACCAAAGAUACAAAUAUCCCCAUGAAGAAGAACAGCCUGUUGUUGCAUCAGGAGUUCAGAGUUUCUCACUUAAGGAUCAAUUGAGAUGAAGUUUUAUAGCUUUAUGAAUUAUCAAAUCAGUGUCUCUGAGUAUUCUCACAGUUUGUUUGACCCUGCUGUUGUCUUUGUCCUCUGCACAGACAGAGGCAUUGAACAAAGAAGUCGCUGAAACCGCAGAAUCCACCUCAAUAUCCAAAUCAGAGCUCACUGACCUCAGGCGAGUUCUACAGGGCCUGGAAAUUGAGCUACAGUCACAGCUUAGCAUGGUGAGCAUCAUUCAUCAUAAACCUUCUACCUCCUCCAGCUGCUGUAAAUGAUAAACUGAACUUGCUCCUCUUCUCUGCUGCAGAAAGCUUCACUAGAGGCCACUCUGGCUGAGACACAGAACCGGUACGCCAUGCAGCUGUCAGGUUACCAGAACCAGGUGAGCUUGAUGUUACAUAUUACUGCUCAGAAUGUCACUGCAGAUUAAACUUUGAAAUCCAAACUCUUUCCUAUUCUUCUUCUUGUUCUCCAGGUGAUCAUGAUGGAGGAGCAGCUGUGCCAGCUGAAGGCACAGAUUGAGACUCAGUCCCAGGAGUACGAGGCGCUGCUGGACAUCAAGACCAAAUUGGAGAUGGAGAUUGCAGAGUACAGGAGGCUGCUGGAUGGAGAGGGAGGCGGGUGAGUAAUGGUUUACUUGGAGGAUUAAAGUCCUUCGAGUGUUCAGGAUUAUUUGUGACCUUCCUUUCAACAAAAACCUGUUUUCAUUUGAUUAAUUUUAAGGUGAAGAGUCCCAUUAAGUAUGAGAGAAAUCAUUUCUGUUUUCUAGUAUAAAUCUGUCCUGCACUCUCAGCAGCAGCUUAAGGGAGACUCUUGGUUUAAAACGAGAUAAGUUAAAGUCUGUGUCCUCCUCCUGCAGCUCUGGCUCUGGCUCUGGUUCUGGCUUCGGCUCUGGCUCAGGCUCUGGCUUCGGCUCUGGCUCAGGCUCUGGCUUCGGCUCUGGCUCAGGCGCUGGUGCUGGCUCUGGCUCUGGCUCCGCCAGCGUCACCGUUGUAUCUCCCCCCGUCUCCACCACCGUCAAAAAACAGAAGGUCAUCACGAUCGUGGAGGAGCUAGUGGACGGAAAGGUGGUCAGCUCCAGCAGCUCUGAGGUCACCAAUGAGCUGUGAUUCCCUGAAGGGGGCGCUCUUACUCAGCUGUCAAUGAAAUAAAGGUUCAAAUAAAAGUCUGCUGAGGAGCUUAAAAACUAAAGACUGCCUGUUGUCUUCUUUCUUAAAUUAUUGAAGUGCAGUUCAUCUAUAAGCCACUAGACUAGGCUAGCAUCGAAAAAUUAAAGAGAAGAUUUCUAAACAACAAGAUUAAAAUUUAUUAAUCAUCUCUUUUUUUCAUGUUUAUUCAGUUUCAAAUAAAGCUUGAAACUUUUUAAUCUAAUAAAAGAAUUGCAGGCAGAUAACUGCAAUAUUUAAAAAAAUAUGCAGAUCAAUAUUGCAGAAACCUUGACUCCUGUCAUCAUGUUACUAAAAUGAAGUCAUUUGUUAUCAGAACAAAGACAUUUGUCUGAAUAAAGUCAUCAUGUUCUCAGAAUAAAGGUCUGUAAAAUGCAGGUUCCUGAUUACCAGACAGUUGCUUGUGUGAAAUGCAUCUGUUUGAGUGAUUUGGAUUUGCACCUUCAGCCUUCCAGCUGAGGGUCUGGAGAACAAAUACCCUCUUUAGAAUAUAGACCAAGUUCUUAAAAAGUAAUUAUAGUUUAGAAAGGCCUAAAUCAAGGCUUUUACCAACCCUGACCUGCUGUCAGUUUGAACAUGUUUAGAUUUCUCUCCUCAGAGCGAAAUAACUGAGCUGAAAACACCUCUCAAUCAAAAUGUUGAGCAUAGUCUCAAUCCAGGUUUAAGCUUCAUUAGGGCCACAGGGCAAACGCCCCAAGGCACUGCUGUUUUUUCUUAUUCCUUUCAUAGAGAAUUUUCGAUUUGCUACUAGUCCUACUGCUUAAAGAGUUGUAGGACAAAUUAUAUAUUGAAACACAUGGUUUGAUUAAGAUUGGUCAGCUAUUACUUUUCUCUGUUGUAUAGAAAUUUGUUGAGACAUAUGUUGUGAGAAUCAGCGCAAAAAAUUGGAUUGAAGUCGACAGGACAAGCACAGAAAAGGCACUUUUUAAAAAUGACUACUGCUCCGGCUUUGGUUUUUUUAGUUGUAUUUAAAAAAAAAAAGAAUGUUUGUUGUAGGUGUGCUUCACAUAUAUUAUAUCAUAAUGCUAAUCAUAUCAAUUUUUUGAAAUAUCUGAAGAAUCUCAUUAAAUUUACAUACCCUGGCAGUGGCACCCAUGGCCCUCUCAAUGUUUCCCAGAGAGAAUUUCUAGUUAUAAAUCAGCUCCUCAACAGAAAACACAGCCUUCCAGUGCCAGCUAAUAACAUAAUAAAUAGCCACCUGAAAAUCCUAGGUAGGAGUAAAAACACAUGUAAACAGAUCUGCCCAUGGCUACUUAAAAAAUGUGUCUUUCCAGUAAAUAUUAAACUCUUACUGAUUUUGUGUUUCCCCUCGGGCCACAACUUACAGCAACACACACUUUCUGUCAUCUCUGUCUUUAUUAGUGCCAACUAAUUUAGCUAAAAGUGUAAUAUUUUACUGUUGGUAAUGUUUGAAACGUGUUUCAAUGGUAUCUGCUCAUUGUGAACAUAAACGAUUAAAGUUGGGAUAAAGUAUGGUUAGGAUCAUAAGCAAGAUCUAUAUGUAAUAUUUAUUUCAACAAACUUUACAGACAGUCAGAGGAAGCAAAGAUUUUGUUUGGUCUUAUCAAAUGAUCAUUGACUAAAAUAUUGAUGUUGGAUCACAGCAGGUUUCCUUCUGCAGAUACAUUAAUUCAUUAUGCCCCAGUUUCAUAAAUGAAACCAAACUUCUUUGGUUUUUCUGUAAUAAGCACAGAUAUCUGUAAGUGCUGAUCGUUUCUAACAUUAUAUCCCUGCAUACAGCACAGAUGGAAACUGGGAUUUUAACCCAACAAGAUUUUUUUCUAGACCUUCAAAGUAUUUGAUCUUUGCUGUGACUUUCUUUUCAACUUGUCCACUCUUUCUAAGUCACCAAUAAGACAUUGCUCUGACAUAAAGAAGUUGUGUUUAUCAUGUUUCAGUGAAAUCAAUCAGCAGCCUUUGAAGAAACUGACAGCUCAAACACGUUCAGUCUGAUUCUUCUUGGCAAACACUUAGUAUGUAAUUGUUUUCUGUUCUUCCCAGACCCUGUAAUGAUUUAGUUUCUCUGUGUACUGUAGCACCACACCUUUCAGCACCAUAACCUCGUACAAUCUCUGCAGUUUUCUGAAAUCCUCUGUGCAGAGAGAUUAGUCCUGUGACUCUUUGACACUUUUUUGCUUGAAUAGCAUCUUGUCCUGAGCUUGACCACAUGACUAUCCCUCCUAGGUCAGAGUUUUGUUUACUUGGGAUUACUCAACUGACAAAGACUGUGUUUCAUCAAAUAUCUGCUGUACUCCCUAAUCUUCUUUGCCUCCCAAGUGCCACCAAAUCCUGCAGCCCACGAUACCUCACUCUGCAAUCAUGACACUGAGAAAGCAGCGGUUCAGGUGAGGUCAGUCACUCUGUACCUGCAGACUGACUGGAUGUGUUGUUGUUGUUAAUGCACUGACUGAUCUUUGAAUGUUAAUGUCAUCAAGUUCUGAACUUGCCUGCAGCUCUGCUUUGAUCUCUGAUUGUGGUUGGGUUUACACUAAUAGGUGAACACACUAAUGAUGGGUGGAUUCCUCGUUCUCAGACACACCUUCAGCCCACUGACCCUCCUGAGCAUGAUACCAGGACAGGUGUCUCCUCCCUGCUAUGGCACCAUCAUCCAUCCUUCCUCCUCCUCCUCUUCUUCAGCUCUCCUAACACUAUAAAACAUCUGUCUCUGAGAGUUUCACACUGUCUCCUCUCCUCAGCUGAAGCAGAAAGAAAGCCUUCUCCUCUUAAUCACCAUGUACGGCCAAAGAUCUGGCAGCUCUGCCUCCAUGUAUGGAGCUGGAGUUGGAGCAGGAUCAGUCAGGAUCUCUGGAGGUGGAGGUGGUGGAGGUGUUGGAGGUGGGUUUGCGUACCUCGGAGGUAUGGCUGCUGCAGUCGUAGGGGGGAAAGGUUCUGGCUUCUCCUUUGAUGCUGCUGCUGGUGCCGGUGGUGGUGCGGAGAUGGACAUCUCCACCAAUGAAAAAGCCUGCAUGCAGAACCUGAACGACCGUCUGGCAGCUUACCUGGAGAAGGUGCGCAGCCUGGAGGCAGCCAACGCAGAGCUGGAGAGGAAGAUCAGAGAGUUCCUGGAGCAGAAGGCAUCCCCCUCCUCCAGAAGUGACUACAGUGCCUAUUAUGCCACCAUCGCAGAACUGCAGGGAAAGGUAGGUCCAUCCUCCUGAUAGGCUGAAAUGUUGUCAUGUGACCUCUGAGAGUGAAGAAUGAAGUUUGCACUUCUUUCAGAAAGAAAAAUUAACUCUUCAUGGACAGGGUCAAAGCUGUUCAUACCAAACUUUUCAUGCUCUGAUGUCUGAGCUGACUCUGCACUAAGUACAGUUUUUACUCUGAGUCAUUCACGAGAUCUAAAUAAAAUACUCAUGCACACCUUAAAAACUAGCCGGUCUAGAAUCAGAUUUCAAAUGUUUAACUACAGUCUGCAAAUGUGGGCUGUGCAGACAGACUAAAAAGAUGUGCACUCUCGGCUUGACAGCUGUCUCCUCUCAUGUUUAUAAUCAGACAUGUUGGUCUCUGAUCUGGUCCAACAAGAACUAAAAGAGCAGAUUUCACCCUGAGUGAAAGUACAAGAGACUGAAGCAGAGAUGUCUCUGAAAGUCGGAAUGAACAUUUCAGCAUCACAAACUAAACAAGCCUGUUAAAUUCAUUUAACUGUAGAGCUGGAAUAAAGUCAGGUGGGAAUAAGCUUCAGCUCAAACCUCUUUGGACCAGUCCGACCGCGAAAAAAAAGAGUAUUUAUACCUUAUCUACAGUAGAGCAAUCAUAUUCUGACUUCCUAAAAAGAGGACACGACUGCGCAAGGUGGAGUCAGAAAGUUGCACGAAGUUAAUUUUGAAAGUUUUUUGGCUUGAAUCAAGUGUCUUUUACUCACUUCUAACUCAGUCAGUCCACGUUACACAAAAUCGAAACUUACGUACAAAACUGCAGACAUUUAAGAGAUUUUAUGAGCUUCCUCCAGACACAGCCCCCCAAAAAGAAGACAUGUCCGGUUAAAAGAGUACAUAUGGUCACCCUAAUCUAUAGUUUACCUUGUGUUACUGAUGGUUUACUGUUACUGUACAAAUCAAAAAGUGCAAACCAGUUUAAUUCAUCUAACUGUAGAGCUGGAAUAAAGUCAGAUGGGAAUAAAACUGCAUAGCUUUUUUCUGCUUCAGCUCAAACCUCUGUAGACCAGUCCGAUUUGAAACAAAAGAGUAAUUGUUACUAAUCUAUGGUUUACGUUGUGUUACUCUUGGCAUAAGCUUCAAAAACGAAGACCAAAAAUUAAAAAGUGAAUAUUUCUUCCUCUCUUUUCAUUUUUUCAGAUCCUGGAAGCUGCCAAUGUAAAUGCAGGCAUCUACCUCUCCAUUGACAACGCCAAGCUGGCUGCAGACGACUUCAGACUCAAGUCAGUGAAUCAGUUCAUUUAGCUAAUUCGCUUAUUAGCUGUUUCCUGAUGUGUCUCAGUCAGGGAACUGCACUGACAGUAUUAUAAAGACAUGAACUCUGCUGUUAGCCUAAAAACAUUUAGGAAGACCUAUCAGUAAGUCUCCAGCUGUUUCCAGUCAGGAAACCAUUAGCUGUCCUGUUAGCUGCCAUACUAAUGUUCUACGUGCAUGUGUUAGUUUGUUAGUUCGUGUUAGUUUUAGAACAGCCCCCUAAAAACUGUGUUACUGACUCCUUCUGACUUGCUCCUUGGUGCAGGUACGAGAGCGAGCUCGCCAUGCGCCAGUCGGUGGAGGCGGAUAUCGACGGGCUGAAGAGAGCCCUAGAUGAGCUGACCAUGGCCAAGUCAGACCUGGAGAUGCAGAUCGAAGGCCUGACAGAGGAGCUGGUCUUCCUCAAAAAGAACCAUGAGGAGGUGGGUAACUCUCCUUAAUCCAGUUCAGACUCCAGGAGACAAUGUUUUUAGUAAAAAAAGUUUGUAACUCGGGGAUUCCACAGGAUCCGGAAAUGCUUUGGACCAGUAGGCGUAUCAAAAACACAAGCAUGCAGUGCCCACCAGAUCUGAUCAGCUGCAGUAAGCAGAGGAGGUGCUUGGGAUAUUACCGAUAUUUCUCGCGAGACUGGAUGAGAUCUCACGAGAUCUCGCAUGUUUCCCUGUGAGACAUUGAAUGAGAUCAGAGGUGAAUAUAAACACCCAAAUCCCACAACCCUGGCCUCUUCUAUUAUCCAGUGAAGAACAGUUCAACAAACUGACGUUAUUUGAUUUUGAAAAUUAACUGUGCUUGUGUAUUCGAUCCGCCUGAUCGGAGAGCAGCCGUUCCGGAUCUUGUGGUUUUACAUCUCGUUGGACUGACAGUUGCCUCCAUCUAUGUUUCUGUCUGCAGGAUCUGAUGAACAUGAAGACUCAGAUGAGUGGUCAGGUGAAUGUGGAGGUGGAUGCCGCCCAGGGACCAGACCUGAACCAGAUCCUUCAGGACAUGAGGGAUCACUACGAAGCUCUCGCUGCCAAGAACCGCAAAGAGCUGGACGCCUGGGCACAAGCAAAGGUCAGCUGUGUUUCAGGAUGUUUCUUUCUCAGUGAAAAUAAGAAUAUAUUGAUCUCUUUUCAAAUAUCAAAGAUACAAAUAUCCCCAUGAAGAAGAACAGCCUGUUGAUGCAUCAGGAAUUCAGAGUUUCUCACUUAAGGAUCAAUUGAGAUGAUGUUAUAUAGCUUUAUGAAUUAUCAAAUCAGUGUCUCUGAGUAUUCUCACAGUUUGUUUGACCCUGCUGUUGUCUUUGUCCUCUGCACAGACAGAGGCAUUGAACAAAGAAGUCGCUGAAGCCACAGAAUCCACCCAAAUGUCCAAAACAGAGGUCAAGGACCUCAAGCGAAUUCUACAGGCCCUGGAAAUUGAGCUACAGUCACAGCUUAGCAUGGUGAGCACCAUUCAUCAUAAACCUUCUACCUCCUCCAGCUGCUGUAAAUGAUAAACUGAACCUGCUCCUCUUCUCUGCUGCAGAAAGCUUCACUAGAGGCCACUCUGGCCGAGACGCAGAACCGGUACGCCAUGCAGCUGUCAGGUUACCAGAACCAGGUGAGCUUGAUGUAACAUAUUACUGCUCAGGAUGUCACUGCAGAUUAAACUUUGAAAGGUAAAUUCUUCUUCUUUUUCUCCAGGUGGCCAUGAUGGAGGAGCAGCUGUGCCAGCUGAGGAUGAACCUGGAGACUCAGUCCCAGGAGUACGAGGUGCUGCUGGACAUUAAGACCAGAUUGGAGAUGGAGAUUGCUGAGUACAGGAGGCUGCUGGAUGGAGAGGGAGGCGGGUGAGUAAUGGUUAACUUGGAGGAUUAACGUCCUCUGAGUCUUAAGGAUUAUUUGUGAUCUUCCCUCUAACAAAGAUCUGUUUUCAUUAGUUUAUCUACAGUAGUAUGAGAAGUAUUAGAGCAAUCAUUUCUGUUUUUCGAGUAUAAAUUUGUCCUGCACUCUUGGCAGCGGCUUAAGGGAGACUCUUGGUUUAAAAUGAGAUAAGUUAAAGUCUUUGUCUUCCUCCUGCAGCUCUGGCUCAGGCUCAGGCUCUGGCUUUGGCGCUGGUUCUGGCACUGGCUCAGGCUCUGGCUUCGGCUCUGGCUCUGGCACUGGCACUGGCACUGGCUCUGGCUCUGGCACUGGCACUGGCGACGGCUCUGGCGAUGGCUCCGCCAGCGUCACCGUUGUAUCUCCUCCUGCCUCUACCACCGUCACCAAACAGAAGAUCAUUACCAUCACGGAGGAGCUAGUGGACGGAAAGGUGGUCAGCUCCAGCAGCUCCGAGAUGAUCAAGGAGCUGUGAUUCCCUGAAGGGAGCGCUCUCACUCAGCUGUCAAAGAAAUAAAGGUUCAAAUAAAAGUCUGCUGAGGAGCUUAAAAACUUAAAACUGCCUGCUAUCUUCUUUCUUAAAUUAUUGAAAAAUUUACGGUAAGAACAUUUCUAUUCAUAAGGAUCAAAAUUUAUUAAUCAUCUCUUUUUUCCUGUUUAUUCAGUUUCACAUAAAGCUCGAAAUUCAUUAAUCCAAUAAAAGAAUAUCAGGCAGAUGACUGCAUUAUUUCCAAAAAGUAAUGUAGAUCAAUAUUGCAGAGGCCUUUACCUUUGCCAUCAUGUUCUCAGAAUAAAGGUCUGCAAAAUGCAGGUUCCUGAUUACCAGACAGUUGCUGGUGUGAAAUGCAUCUGUUUGAGUGAUUUGGAUUUGCACUUUCAACCUUCCAGCUGAGGGUCUGGAGAACAAAUACCCUCUUUAGAAUAUAGACCAAGUUUAUAAAAAGUAGUUAUAGUUUGCAAAGGCCUAAAUAAAGGCUUUUACCAACCCUGACCUGCUGUCAAUUUGAACAUGUUUAGAUUUCUCUCCUCAGACCGAAAUAACUGAGCUGAAAACACCUCUCAAUCAAAAUGUUGAGCAUAGUCUUAAUCAGACCUGAGCAUAUUUCGGCCCUAGGGCCACAUCUGGCCCCUUGGAUGUGUCCCUGCCCGGCCCUUCGUGAGGUCCGUCAAUCAAAUCAUCAACAUGCUAUACAAAUGAGUUGCUUUUAUUUUGAAAACCUAGCCCUCGUUUUAUUUCGGUUUGGACGCACAUGCGUAAAAAAAUUUUACGAAGACGCCUUAUAGUUGCUCAGUCUGUUUAUUAUAAAAGACUUCAGGCUUGUUUCUCUAAGAAGUUGCAUGUAAAACUCCUGAGUUGCGGGUGCGCUUUUUUGGGCUUGUUUUUAACUAGUAGUUGUUUAUUUGGGCUUGCUUUUCUGUACGUGUGAAACCGCUCCGGUUUGAAGUUGAAAUUAUUGUUGGUUUGGCCCUCCAACAAGGUUCAGGUUUCUUAUGUGGCCCCAUGUAAAAAUUAAUUGCCCACCCCUGGUCUAAAUCCAGGUCCAAGCUUCAUUAGGGCCACAGAGGAAACGCCCCAAGGUACUGCUGUUUUUUCUUAUUCCUUUCAUAGAGAAUUUUCGAUUUGCUACUAGUCCUACUGCUUAAAGAGUUGUAGGACAAAUUAUAUAUCGAAACAUGUGUUUUGAUCGAGAUUUGUCAGCUAUUUCUUUUCUCGUUGUGUUUAAAUUUUUCGAGACAUAUGUCGUGAGAACCAGCGCAAAAAUUUGCAUUGAAGUCAACAGGGCAAGCACAUAAAAGGCACUUUUAAAAAAUGACUACUGCUCCGGCCAUGUUUUUUAAGUUACAUCUAAAAAACUUGAAAACUGAAUGUUUGUUGUAGGUGUGCUCCACGUAUAUAGUAUCAUAAUGCUAAUCAUAUCAAUUUAUUAAAAUAUCUGAAGAAUCUCAUCAUAAUUUUCAUACCCUGGCAGUAGCCCCCAUGGCCCUCUCAAUGUUUCCCAGAGAGAAUUUCUAGUUAUAAAUCAGCUCCUCAACAGAAAACACAGCCUUUUAGUGCCAGCUAAUAACAUAAUAAAUAGCCACCUGAAAAUCCUAGGUAUGAGUAAAAACACAUGUAAACAGAUCUGCCCAUGGCUACUUAAAAAAUGUGUAUUUCCAGUAAAUAUCAAACUCUUACUGAUUUUGUGUUUCCCCUCGGGCCACAACUUUCAGCAACACACACUUUCUGUCAUCUCUGUCUUUAUUAGUGCCAACUACUUUAGCUAAAAGUGUAAUAUUUUACUGUUGGUAAUGUUUGAAACGUGUUUCAAUGGUAUCUGCUCAUUGUGAACAUAAAUGAUUACAGUUGGGAUAAAGUAUGGUUAGGAUCAUAAGCAAGAUCUAUAUGUAAUCUUUAUUUAAACAAACUUAACAGACAGUCAGAGAAGGUAAAGAUUUUGUUUGGUCUGAUCAAAUGAUAAUUGACUAAAAUAUUGAUGUUGGAUCACAGCAGGUUUCCUUCUGCAGACACAUUAAUUCAUUCUGCCCCAGUUUCAUAAAUGAAACCAAAUUUCUGUGGAUUUCCUGUAAUAAGCGCACAGAUAUCUGUAAGUGCUGAUCGUUUCUAACAUUAUAUCCCUGCAUACAGCACAGAUGGAAACUGGGAUUUGAACCUAACAAGAUUUUUUUCUAGACCUUCAAAGUAUUUAAACAUUGCUGUGACUUUCAUUUCAACUUGUCCACAAGUCACCGAUAAGACAUUGCUCUGACAUUAAGAAGUUGUGUUUAUCAUGUUUCAGUGAAAUCAAUCAGCAGCCUUUGAAGAAACUGACAGCUUUAACAUGCUUAGCCUGAUUCUUCUUGGCAAACACUUAGUUUGAAAUUGUUUUCUGUUGGUCAUGAACCCUGUUAUGUUUAGUUUCUGCAUGAACCGAAGCACCCAGUAGCGUUCCUAAGCAACUUGGCACCCUAGGCAGGAUUUCUGGUAGUAACUUCAAUUAAAACAUCAGCAAAUGGCUUGACACAAAUGAUUUGCUUAGCUAAUACGCUGUGUUUUUGAUCUGCACUCUGCAACAUGUUGGACUGCCAUGAUCUGACGACUUUGAAUGAAUUGAAAGUCAAGACUCAUCUCGACUUUUCACUUUGGAGAAGUCAAGCACUGAGGCAUUAUGCCUUGGCAAGAAAACAUGUUGUUGCCUAACAGCUGAGGCAUUAAGCCAUAGUGAUAAUUGACGCUGCUCUGCCUGGCCUGCCUUGGCUUAUUAUUGCCUUGUUGGCUGUGCUUGGUGUGGUCUCUGUGUGGUGAACUGGUGGUGGCAAUGCAUAAGCCGCGGCGGCGGCGCUACGGGUGUGUUGUGUUACAAGUUACCUGGUUGUAACUAGUUGAGUUAAACAGAGAGAGAAUUACCAACCCAACUUACCUCAGAAGCAAGCGCAAUACAACUACAAGGAGAGAGCAGGGGGGCGGGGAGGAGUCGUGUCCUGUGUACUGUAUGUACUGUAGUUAGAUUUCUGUGUUUUUGUUGUUGUUUUAUAUUGCAAAAAAAAGAAGUAUUCAUUAAAAAAAAAUCUUCUCCCCUACCUGGCGCUCUUUCUGCUCCCGGACGCCCCUAGCAGCCGCCUACUCCGCCUAAUGACAGGAGCGCCACUGGAAGCACCUCACCUUUCACCACCAUAACCUCACACAAUCUCUGCUCUUUUCUGAAAUCCUCUGUGCAGAGAGAUUAGUCCUGUGACUCUUUCACACUUUUUUGUUUGAAUAAUAUCCUGUCCUGAUAUUUGACUAUGUGACAAACUCUGCUCAGUCUCAGUUUUGUUUACUUGGAAUUACUAAAUGACAUAGAUACUGUUUCAUCAAAUCUCUGCUGUACUCUCUAAUUAUUUUUGGCUCUCGAGUGCCACCACAACAUCCUGCGGCCCAGGAUACCUCACCCUGCAGUCAUGAGACUGAGAAAGCAGCUGCUCGGGUGAGGUCAGUCACUCCGUACCUGCAAACUGACUAGAUGUCUUGUUGUUGUUAAUGCACUGACUGAUCUUUGAACGUAAAUAUCAUCCAGUUCUAAACUUGCCUGCAGGUCUGCGUGAGCUAUCAACUCUGAUUAUUACUGGGUUUACACUCAUAGGUAAACACAAUAAGGAUGGGUGGAGUCUCUUUCUCAGACACACCUUCAGCCCACUGACCCUCCAAAGAAUGAUACCAGGAAGGGUGUCUCCUCCCUGCUUUGGCACCACCAUCCAUGCUUCCUCCUCCUCCUCCUCCUCCUCCUCCUCCUCUUCAGCUCUCCUAACACUAUAAAACAUCUGUCUCUGAGAGUUUCACACUGUCUCCUCUCCUCAGCUGAAGCAGAAAGACAGCCUCUUCCUCUUAAUCACCAUGUACAACUCAAGGUUUGGCAGCGCUGCCUCCAUGUAUGGAGGUGGAGCUGGAUCAGGAUCAGUCAGGAUCUCUGGUGGCAGCUCCUCCACGUCCAUGUACAGCGCUGGUGGAGGUGUUGGAGGUGGCUUUGCAUACCUCGGAGGUAUGGCUGCUGCAGUCGGAGGUGGCAGGGGUUCUGGCUUCUCCUUUGGUGCUGGUGGUGGUGGCGGUGGUGGUGCCGGUGGUGGUAUGGAAAUGGACAUCUCCACCAAUGAGAAGGCCACCAUGCAGAACCUGAAUGACCGUCUGGCAGCUUACCUGGAGAAGGUGCGCAGCCUGGAGGCAGCCAACGCAGAGCUGGAGAGGAAGAUCAGAGAGUUCCUGGAGCAGAAGGCAUCCCCCUCCUCCAGAGACUACAGUGGCUAUUAUGCCACCAUCGCAGAACUGCAGGGAAAGGUAGGUCCAUCUUUCUGAUAGGCUGAAAUGUUGUCAUGUGACCUCUGAGAGUGAAGAGUGAAGUUUUCACUUCUUUCAGUCGAAAGAAACGUUAACUCUUUAUGCAUGGGGUCAAAGCUGUUCAUAUCAAACUGAGAUGUUUAACUAGUCUGCAAAUGUGGGUUGUGCAGACAGACAUGACAAAAUGUGUACUGUGGGCUUGACAGCUGUCUCCUCUCAUUGUUCAUUAUCAGACAUGUUGAUCUCUGAUCUGGUCCAAAACAAACUGAAAAAGAGAGCAGAUUUCACCCUGAGUGAAGGAACAAGAGUCCGAAGCAGAGAUGUCUCUGAAAGUCAUAAUGAACAUUUCUGUGUCACAAACUAAACAAACUAGUUUAAUUCUUCUAACUGUAGAGCUGGAAUAAAGUCAGAUGGGAAUAAAACUGCAUAGCUUUUUUCUGCUUCAGCUCAAACCUCUGUAGACCAGUCCGAUUUGAAACAGAAGAGUAUUUGUAACACAGCUAUAGUUUACCAUGUGUUACUCUUGGCAUAAGCUUCAAAAACAAAAAACAAAAAUCAAAAAGUGAAUGUUUCUUCCUCUCUUUUCAUUUUUCAGAUCCUGGAAGCUGCCAAUGUAAACGCAGGCAUCUACCUCUCCAUUGACAACGCCAAGCUGGCUGCAGACGACUUUAGGCUCAAGUCAGUGAAUCAGUUCAUUUAGCUCAUUUGCUUAUUAGCCAUUUCCUGAUGUUCCUCAGUCAGGGAACUGCACACUAAGACCUGUGAUAGUAUUGUUAGGACAUGAACUCUGCUGUUAGCCUAAAAACAUUUAGGAAGAUCUAUCAGUAAGUCUUCAGCUGUUUCCAGGCAGAAAACCAUUAGCUGUCCUGUUAGCUUCCAUGCUGAUGUUCUCUGUGCAUGUGUUAGUUUAUGUUAGUUUGUGUUAGUUUUAGAACAGCCCCCUAAAAACUGUUUGACUGACUCCUUUUGACUCACUCCUUUGUGCAGGUACGAGAACGAGCUUGCCAUGCGCCAGUCGGUGGAGGCGGAUAUCAACGGGUUGAGGAGAGCCCUAGACGAGCUGACCAUGGCCAGGUCAGACCUGGAGAUGCAGAUCGAGGGCCUGAAAGAGGAGCUGAUCUUCCUCAAAAAGAACCAUGAGGAGGUGGGUGAAUCUCUUUAAUCCAGUUCAGACUCCAGGAGGCAAUAUUAUAAAUCAAAAGAGUUUGUCACUUUUCCUCGGAUUAACAGUCGCCUCCAUCUUUGUUUCUGUCUGCAGGAUCUGAUGAACAUGAAGACUCAGAUGAGUGGUCAGGUGAACGUGGAGGUGGAUGCCGCCCAGGGACCAGACCUGAACGCGAUCCUGGAGGAGAUGAGGGAUCACUACGAAGCUCUCGCUGCCAAGAAUCGCAAAGAGCUGGACGCCUGGGCACAAGCAAAGGUCAGCUGUGUUUCAGGAUGUUUCUUUCUCUCAGUGAAAAUAAGAAUAUAUUGAUCUCUUUUCAAAUACCAAAGAUACAAAUAUCCCCAUGAAGAAGAACAGCCUGUUGCUUUCAGAGUUUCUCAAUUAAGCAUCAAUUGAGAUGAAGUUAUAUAGCUUUAUGAAUUUUCAAGUCAGUGUCUCUGAGUAUUCUCACAGUUUGUUUGACCCUGCUGUUGUCUUUGUCCUCUGCACAGACAGAGGCAUUGAACAAAGAAGUCGCUGAAGCCACAGAAUCCUCCUCAAUAUCCAAAUCAGAGCUCACUGACCUCAAGCGAACUCUACAGGCCCUGGAAAUUGAGCUACAGUCACAGCUUAGCAUGGUGAGCAUCAUUCAUCAUAAACCUUCUACCUCCUCCAGCUGCUGUAAAUGAUAAACUGAACCUGCUCCUCUUCUCUGCUGCAGAAAGCUUCACUCGAGGGAACUCUGGCCGACACAAACAACCGGUAUGCCAUGCAGCUGUCAGGUUACCAGAACCAGGUGAGCUUGAUGUAACAUAUUACUGCUCAGGAUGUCACUGCAGAUUAAACUUUGAAAGGUAAAUUCUUCUUCUUUUUCUCCAGGUGGCCAUGAUGGAGGAGCAGCUGUGCCAGCUGAGGAUGAACCUAGAGACUCAGUCCCAGGAGUAUGAGGUGCUGCUGGACAUUAAGACCAGACUGGAGAUGGAGAUUGCAGAGUACAGGAGGCUGCUGGAUGGAGAGGGAGGCGGGUGAGUAAUGGUUUACAUGGAGGAUUGAAGUCUUCUGAGUCUUAAGGAUUAUUUGUGAUCUUCCUUUAAUCAAAAACCGGUUUUCAUUUGAUUAAUUUUAAGGUAGAGUCUCAUUAAUUAUGAGAGAAAUCAUUUCUGUUUUCUAGUAUAAAUCUGUCCUGCACUCUCAGCAGCAGCUUAAGGGAGACUCUUGGUUUAAAACGAGAUAAGUUAAAGUCUGUGUCCUCCUCCUGCAGCUCUGGCUUUGGCGCUGGUUCUGGCUCAGGCUCUGGCUUCGGCUCUUCCGGUAUCAGCUCCGGUCGUUCCUCAUCCACCAUGAUGUCCUCCAGCUCAGGCUCAGGCUCAGGCUCUGGCUCAGGCUCAGGCUCUGGUGCUGGCGCCGGCUCUGGCUCUGCCAGUGUCACCGUUGUAUCUCCCCCCGUCUCCACCACCAUCACCAAACAGAAGGUCAUCACCAUCACGGAAGAGCUAGUGGACGGAAAGGUGGUCAGCUCCAGCAGCUCCGAGAUCACCAAGGAGCUGUGAUCCCCUCCAAGGGGCGCUCUCACUCAGCUGUCAAUGAAAUAAAGGUUCAAAUAAAAGUCUGCUGAGGAGCUUAAAAACUAAAGACUGCCCGUUGUCUUCUUUCUUAAAUUAUUGAAGUGCAGUUCAUCUUUAAGCCACUAGACUAGGCUAGCAUCGAAAAAUUAAAGAGAAGAUUUCUAAACAACAAGAUUAAAAUUUAUUAAUCAUCUCUUUUUUUAUUCAGUUUCGAAUAAAGCUUGAAACUCAAUCUAAAUAAAGAAUUGCAGGCAGAUAACUGCAAUAUUUCCAAAAAAUAAUGCAGAUCAAUAUUGCAGAGGCCUUUACCUUUGCCAUCAUGUAAUCAGAAUAAAGGUCUGCAAAAUGCAGGUUCCUGAUUACCAGACAGUUGCUUGUGUGAAAUGCAUCUGUUUGAGUGAUUUGGAUUUGCACUUUCAACCUUCCAGCUGAGGGUCUGGAGAACAAAUACCCUCUUUAGAAUAUAGACCAAGUUUAUAAAAAGUAGUUAUAGUUUGCAAAGGCCUAAAUAAAGGCCUUUACCAAACCUAACCUGCUGUCAGUUUGAACAUGUUUAAAUUUCUCUCCUCAGAGUGAAAUAACUGAGCUGAAAACACCUCUCAAUCAAAAUGUUGAGCAUAGUCUCAAUCAGACCUGAGCAUAUUUCGGCCCUAGGGCCACAUCUGGCCCCUUGGAUGUCACGGCCAUUCGUGCAGUCCGUCAAUCAAAUCAUCAACAUGCUAUACAAGUGAGUUGCUUUUAUUUUGAAAACCUUGCCGUUGUUUUAUUUCGGUUUGGACGCACGUGCGUACAUACCAGAUCUGCAUUUGUGAACAGAGAGAAGUUUAAACAUCUGCAAAAUUUACGUAGACGCUUUAUAGUUGCUCAGUCUGUUUAUUAUAAAAGACUUCAGGCUUGUUUCUCUAAGAAGUUGCAUGUAAAACUCCUGAGUUGCGGGUGCGCUUUUUUGGGCUUGUUUUUAACUAGUAGUUUAUUUGGGCUUGCUUUUCUGUAUGUGUGAAACCGCUCCGGUUUGAAGUUGAAAUUAUUGUUGGUUCGGCCCUCCAACAAGGUUCAGGUUUCUUAUGUGGCCCCAUGUAAAAAUUAAUUGCCCAUCCCUGGUCUAAAUCCAGGUCCAAGCUUCAUAAGGGCCACAGGGCAAACGCACCAAGGUACUGCUGUUUUUUUCAUACUCUUCCCCUGGAGAAUUUUCGAUUUGCUACGAGUCCAACUGCUUAAAGAGUUGUAGGACAAAUUAUAUAUCGAAACGUGAUUUGAUCGAGAUUGGUCAGCUAUGUCUUGUCUCUGUUGUGUAUGAAUUUUUCGAUACAUAUGUCGUGAGAACCAGCGCAAAAAUUUGCAUUGAAGUCAACAGGACAAGCACAUAAAAGGCACUUUUUUGAAAUGACUACUGCUCCGGCCAUGUUUUUUUUAGCUGUAUUAAUAAAAAACUUGAAAAACUGAAUGUUUGUUGUAGGUGUGCUCCACGUCUAUAGUAUCAUAAUGCUAAUCAUAUCAAUUUUUGAAAUUUCUGAAGAAUCUCAUCAUAAUUUACAUACCCUGGCAGUAGCACCCAUGGCCCUCUCAAUGUUUCCCAGAGAGAAUUUCUAGUUAUAAAUCAGCUCCUCAACAGAAAUCACAGCCUUCCAGUGCCAGCUAAUAACAUAAUAAUUACGCCACCUGAAAAUCCUAGGUAUGAGUAAAAACACGUCAACAGAUCUGCCCAUGUCUACUUAAAAAAUGAGUCUUUCCAGUAAAUAUUAAACUCUUACUGAUUUUGUGUUUUCCCUCGGGCCACAACUUUCAGCAACACACACUUUCUGUCAUCUCUGUCUUUAUUAGUGCCAACUACUUUAGCUAAAAGUGUAAUAUUUUACUGUUGGUAAUGUUUGAAACAUGUGUUUGAAUGGUAUCUGCUCAUUGUGAACAUAAAUGAUUACAGUUGGAAUAAAGUAUGGUUAGGAUCAUAAGCAAGAUCUAUAUGUAAUCUUUAUUUCAACAAACUUUACAGACAGUCAGAGAAGGUAAAGAUUUUGUUUGGUCCUAUCAAAUGAUCAUUGACUAUAAUAUUGAUGUUGGAUCACAGCAGGUUUCCUUCUGCAAACACAUUAAUUCAUUAUGCCCCAGUUUCAUAAAUGAAUCCAAAUUUCUGUGGAUUUCCUGUAAUAAGCGCACAGAUAUCUGUAAGUGCUGAUCGUUUCUAACAUUAUAUCCCUGCAUACAGCACAGAUGGAAACUGGGAUUUUAACCCAACAAGAUUUUUUUCUAGACCUUUAAAGUAUUUGAACUUUGCUGUGACUUUCUUUUCAACUUGUCCACUCUUUUCUGUCUUAAGUCACAGAUAAGACAUUGCUCUGACAUAAAGAAGUUGUGUUUAUCAUGUUCCAGUGAAAUCAAUCAGCAGCCUUUAAAGAAACUGUCAGCUUUAACAUGCUUAGCCUGAUUCUUCUUGGCAAACGCUUAGUUUGAAAUUGUUUUCUGUUGGUCAUGAACCCUGUUAUGUUCAGUUUCUGCAUGAACCGAAGCACAUUACCUUUCAGCACCAUAACCUCACACAAUCUCUGCAGUUUUCUGAAAUCCUCUGUGCAGAGAGAUUAGUCCUGUGACUCUUUCACACUUUUUUGUUUGAAUAACAUACUGUCCUGAUAUUUGACUAUGUGACAAACUCUGCUCAGUCUCAGUUUUGUUUACUUGGAAAUGACUUACCUUUACUUACUAAAUGACAUAGAUACUGUUUCAUCAAAUUUCUGCUGUACUCUCUAAUUCUUUUUGGCUCUUGAGUGCCACCACAACAUCCUGCAGCCCAGGACACCUCACCCUGCAGUCAUGAAACUGAGGAAGCAGCUGCUAUUGUGAGGUCAGUCACUCCGUACCUGCAAACUGACUAGAUGUGUUGUUGUUAAUGCACUGACUCAUCUUUUAACUUAAAUAUCAUCCAGUUCUGAACUUGCCUGCAGGUCUGCGUGAGCAAUCAACUCGGAUUAUGAUUGGGUUUACACUCAUAGGUGAACACAAUAAUGAUGGGUGGAUUCCUCUUUCUCAGACACACCUUCAGCCAACUGACCCUCCAAAGAAUUAUACCAGGACAGGUGUCUCCUCCCUGCUUUGGCACCACCAUCCAUGCUUCCUCCUCCUCCUCCUCCUCCUCCUCCCUCUCCUCCUGCUCCUCCCACUCUUCAGCUCUCCUAAUACUAUAAAACACAAAGGUGAACACAAUAAUGAUGGGUGGAUUCCUCUUUCUCAGACACACCUUCAGCCAACUGACCCUCCAAAGAAUUAUACCAGGACAGGCGUCUCCUCCCUGCUUUGGCACCACCAUCCAUGUUUUCUCCUCCUCCUCUUCUGCAGCUCUCCUAACACUAUAAAACAUCUGCCUCUGAGAGUUUCACACUGUCUCCUCUCCUCAGCUGAAGCAGAAAGACAGCCUCCUCCUCUUAAUCACCAUGUACAGCAAAAGGUUUGGCAGCGCUUCCUCCAUGUAUGGAGGUGGAGCUGGAUCAGGAUCAGUCAGGAUCUCUGGUGGCAGCUCCUUCAUGUCCAUGAACAGCGCUGGUGGAGGUGGUGGAGGUGUUGGAGGUGGCUUUGCAUACCUCGGAGGUAUGGCUGCUGCAGUCGGAUGUGGCAGGGGUUCUGGCUUCUCCUUUGGUGCUGGUGGUGGCGGUGGUGGUGGUGCCGGUGGUGGUAUGGAGAUGGACAUCUCCACCAAUGAGAAGGCCACCAUGCAGAACCUGAAUGACCGUCUGGCAGCUUACCUGGAGAAGGUGCGCAGCCUGGAGGCGGCCAACGCAGAGCUGGAGAGGAAGAUCAGAGAGUUCCUGGACCAGAAGUCAUCCCCCUCCUCCAGAGACUACAGUGGCUAUUAUGCCACCAUCGCAGAACUGCAGGGAAAGGUAGGUCCAUCUUUCUGAUAGGCUGAAAUGUGUUCAUCUGACCUCUGAGAGUGAAGAGUGAAGUUUUCACUUCUUUCAGUCGAAAGAAACAUGAACUCUAUGCACAGGGUCAAAGCUGUUCAUAUCAAAGUGAGAUGUUUAGCUAGUCUGCAAAUGUGGGUUGUGCAGACAGACAUGACAAAAUGUGUACUGUGGGCUUGACAGCUGUCUCCUCUCAUUGGUUAUUAUCAGACAUGUUGAUCUCUGAUCUGGUCCAACACAAACUGAAAACGAGAGCAGAUUUCAACCUGAGUGAAGGAACAAGAGUCUGAAGCAGAGAUGUCUCUGAAAGUGGGAAUAAACAUUUCAGUGUCACAAACUAAAAAAAACAGUUAGAUUCUUCUAACUGUAGAGCUGGAAUAAAGUCAGAUGGGAAUAAAACUGCAUAGCUUUUUUCUGCUUCAGCUCAAACCUCUGUAGAUCAGUCUGAUUUGAAACAAAAGAGUAUUUGUAACACAGCUAUAGUUUACCUUGUGUUACUCUUGGCACAAGCUUCAAAAACAAAAAACAAAAAUCAAAAAGUGAAUGUUUCUUCCUCUCUUUUCAUUUUUCAGAUCCUGGAAGCUACCAAUGUAAAUGCAGGCAUCUACCUCUCCAUUGACAACGCCAAGCUGGCUGCAGACGACUUCAGAAUCAAGUCAGUCAAUCAGUUCAUUUAGCUCAUUUGCUUAUUAGCUGUUUCCUGAUGUGUCUCAGUCAGGGAACUGCACUGACAGUAUUAUAAAGACAUGAACUCUGCUGUUAGCCUAAAAACAUUUAGGAAGACCUAUCAGUAAGUCUCCAGCUGUUUCCAGGCAGAAAACCAUUAGCUGUCCUGUUAGCUUCCAUGCUGAUGUUCUCUGUGCAUGUGUUAGUUUGUUAGUUUGUGUUAGUUUUAGAUAAAAAAAACAGCCCCCUUAAAAACUGUUUGACUGACUCCUUCUGACUCACUCCUUUGUGCAGGUACGAGAACGAGCUUGCCAUGCGCAUGUCGGUGGAAGCGGAUAUCGCCGGGCUGAGGAGAGCCCUGGACGAGCUGACCAUGGCCAGGUCAGACCUGGAGAUGCAGAUCGAGGGCCUGAAAGAGGAGAUUAUCUUCCUCAAAAAGAACCAUGAGGAGGUGGGUGAAUCUCUUUAAUCCAGUUCAGACUCCAGGAGGCAAUACUUUAAAUCAAUAGAGUUUGUCACUUUUCCUCGGCCCAACAGUCACCUCCAUUUUUGCUUCUGUCUGCAGGAUCUGAUGAACAUGAAGACUCAGAUGAGUGGUCAGGUGAACGUGGAGGUGGAUGCUGCCCAAGGACCAGACCUGAACGCGAUCCUGGAGGAGAUGAGGGAGCACUACGAAGCUCUCGCUGAAAAGAACCGCAAAGAGCUGGACGCCUGGGCACAAGCAAAGGUCAGCUGUAUUUCAGGAUGUUUUUUUCUCUCAGUGAAAAUAAGAAUAUAUUGAUCUAUUUUCAAAUACCAAAGAUACAAAUAUCCCCAUGAAGAAGAACAGCCUGUUGCUUUCAGAGUUUCUCACUUAAGGAUCAAUUGAGAUGAAGUUUUAUAGCUUUAUGAAUUUUCAAAUCAGUGUCUCUGAGUAUUCUCACAGUUUGUUUGACCUUGCUGUUGUCUUUGUCCUCUGCACAGAUAGAGGCACUGAACAAAGAAGUAGAAGACGUUACAGGAUCCUCCUCAAUAUCCAAAUCAGAGGUCACGGAACUCAGGCGAGUUCUACAGGGCCUGGAAAUUGAGCUACAGUCACAGCUAAGCAUGGUGAGCAUCAUUCAUCAUAAACCUUCUACCUCCUCCAGCUGCUGUAAAUGAUAAACUGAACCUGCUCCUCUUCUCUGCUGCAGAAAGCUUCACUCGAGGGAACUCUGGCCGACACAAACAACCGGUAUGCCAUGCAGCUGGCAGGUUACCAGAACCAGGUGAGCUUGAUGUUACAUAUUACUGCUCAGGAUGUCACAGCAGAUUAAACUUUGAAAUCCAAACUCUUUCCUAUUCUUCUUCUUGUUCUCCAGGUGACCAUGAUGGAGGAGCAGCUGUGCCAGCUGAAGGCACAGAUUGAGACUCAGUCCCAGGAGUACGACGCGCUGCUGGACAUCAAGACCAGAUUGGAGAUGGAGAUUGCAGAGUACAGGAGGCUGCUGGAUGGAGAAGGAGGCGGGUGAGUAAUGGUUAACUUGGAGAAUUAAAGUCCUCCGAAACUUCAGGAUUAUUUGUGAUCUUCCUUUCAUCAAAGAUCUGUUUUCAUUUGAUGAUUUUAAGGUAUAGAGUCCCGUUAAUUAUGAGAGAAAUCAUUUCUGUUUUCUAGUAUAAAUCUGUCCUGCACUCUCAGCAGCAGCUUAAGGGAGACUCUUGGUUUAAAAUGAGAUAAGUUUAAGUCUGUGUCCUCCUCCUGCAGCUCUGGCUCUGGCUCUGGCUCUGGCUUCGGCUCUUCCGGUAUCAGCUCCAGUCUUUCCUCAUCCACCAUGAGAUCCUCCAGCUCAGGCUCAGGCUCUGGCUCAGGCUCUGGGUCCAGCUCAGGGUUCGGCUCUGGGUCCGGCUCUGGGUCCGGCUCUGGGUCCGGCUCUGGGUCCCGCGCUGGUGCUGGUGCAGGCUCAGGCUCAGGCUCAGGCUCCCGAUCUGGCUCCACCUCCACCUCCAUCACCAAACAGAAGGUCAUCACGAUCGUGGAGGAGGUAGUGGAUGGAAAGGUGGUCAGCUCCACCAGCUCCGAGGUCACCAAGGAGCUGUGAUCCCCUCCAGGGGGCGCUCUUACUCAGCUGUCAAUGAAAUAAAGGUUCAAAUAAAAGUCUGCUGUGGAGCUUAAAAACUAAAGACUGCUUGUUGUCUUCUGUCCGAAGUAAUUGAAGUGCAGUUCACCUUACAGCCACUAGGCCUUGCUGUUGUGUUCCAACCAGUCAACAACAAAACUCGCAAAUAAAGUGAAAAUGACCGGUCAGUUCAUUAUCAGCUUUCCAUCAAAGGUUUGAAAAAUAACAUAACAUUUCUAAACACCAAGAUUAAAAUUUAUCAGUCAUCUCAUGUUUAUUCUGUUUUACACAAUGCUUCAAACUUACUAAUUCUAUAAAAAAAUUGCAGGCUGAUAACUGCAAUAUUAAAAAAAAAAUGCAGAUCAAUGUUGCAGAGGCCUUUACCUGUAUAUGAGUUUUCAAAUCCAUUUUCCUCUACACUUUCCACAUAAGAAUGCUUCUCAAAUGAUACAGCUGAACCAGGAAUCAAACAAGAAACAAUAAGUGAAAAAAGUUAUCUAACCAAAACUCAGAGCUUGUCCACACAAUGAUUAUGACUCAAUGAAUUCUGACAGUCUAACACCACGUGUCAAAAUUUAGGGGGCGCAGCAACCUACAGUGGCCAUCGAAACUGCUAUGAUUCAAGAAAAAAAGUGUUUAGUUCUGUGUGAAAGCAGCAGGUCUUAAUUUUUUUCAAUUUAAGCUGCAACCAACCAGUCUGGAGAAACAAUGCAAGUUAUGAAAACCUGCAGUUCCUCACGUGUCCACUAGGGCUGGAUACAAAAGGUCAGCAAGCCACAUACGCAUUCAUUUAAAAAUUCUUAACAGAAAUAAACAUGAACAUGAACAACAUCUAUCUCUGUCUAUCUUUAUCUAUAUAUCUAUGUCUAUAUCUAUCUAUAUAAACAAGCAUACUUUCUUCUGAUUGGCCACCUCUCUGGAGGCUCAUUGUUUUGGCCCUGCUCCCUCUAUUGUGGUCGAUCAGCAGAGCUGCAGAGGUGCAGCGGAGUCUCAUUACCCCCAUAGACAUCAUAUAUGUAAACUAUACGUGCAUAUUAUGUCUAUGGUUACCCCGCUCUGCUGUGGGUGUCACAUCACAGGCUGAUGGAGACAGGCCAUUCCACUUUGCAAAUCAACCGGUAAGGAGAGUCUAUAAUUCUUACGUCAGACUCAAGUAAAUCUCAUACCUAAACUCAGGUCUGGGUUUUUACGUGUUUGUACGAGGUUUGAGCAGUUUACAUCUACUUUCUCUCUUUCUAACAAAAUACGUUUACCUUAUGAUUUGAAACUUUGCAUACAUGAAGUAUGGACACCAAACUUUUUUGUUGUAAAUGUGGAAAGCAUGAUACCACCCCUUAAGGAGUGUGACUGACAAAAAUACACCCUGAGGCAACCUGCCAUCUUAGUCACCUGUUCUCCAGAUGAAUAUGUUGGAGAAGCAGCUGUGCCGGCUGCAGGCACAGCUGGAGACUCAGUCCCAGGAGUACGAGGUGCUGCUGAACAUCAAGACCAGAUUGGAGAUGGAGACUGCAGAGUACAGGAGGCUGAUGGAUGGAGAGGGAGGCGGGUGAGUAAUGGUUAACUUGGAGGAAUGAAGUCCUCUGAGUCUUAAGGAUUAUUUGUGAUCUUCCUUUCAUCAAAGAUCUGUAAGUAUGAGAGAAAUCAUUUCUGUUUUCUAGUAUAAAUCUGUCCUGCACUCUCAGCAGCAGCUUCAGGGAGACUCUUGGUUUAAAACGAGAUAAGUAAAAGUCUGUGUCCUCCUCUCGCAGCUUGGGUUCUGGCUUUGGCUCUUCCGGUAUCAGCUCCAGUCAUUCCUCAUCCACCAUCAUGUCCUCCAGCUCAGGCUCAGGCUUUGGCUCUGGCUCCACCAGCGUCACCGUUGUAUCUCCCCCCGUCUCCACCACCAUCACCAAACAGAAGGUCAUCACCAUCACGGAAGAGCUAGUGGACGGAAAGGUGGUCAGCUCCAGCAGCUCUGAGAUCACCAAGGAGCUGUGAUCCCCACCAGGGGGCGCUCUUACUCAGCUGUCAAUGAAAUAAAGGUUCAAAUAAAAGUCUGCUGAGGAGCUUAAUAACUAAAGACUGCCUGUUGUCUUCUGUCUAAAGUGAUUGAAGUGCAGUUCAUCUUUAAGCCACUAGACUAGGCUAGGAUUAAAAAUUAAAGACAAGAGAUUUCUAAACACCAAGAUUAAAUUUUAUUAAUCAUCUCUUUUUUUCAUGUUUUUUCUGUUUCACAUAAAGCUUAGAACUCACUAAUCUUAUGAAAGGAUAGCAGGCAGAUAACUGCAAUAUUUCAAAAAAUAUUGCAGAGGCCUUUACAUUUGCCACCAUGUUAUCCGAAUAAGGGACUGCAAAAUGCAGGUUUCUGAUUCCUGAAGAGAGUCCCUAGUGUUGAAAUGCAUCUGUGUGUGUGAUUUGGAUUAGCACCUCCAACCUUCCAGCUGAGGGUCUGGAGAACAAAUAUCUUCUUUAAAAUAUGAAUACGUUUUAUAAUAAAGUGAGAAGAUACCUGAAUCAGGCCUUCACCCACCCUGACCUGCUGUCAGUCUGAACAUGCUGUUUAGAUUUCCCUCUUCAGAGCCAAAUAACUCAGCUGAACAAACCUCUUAAACACACGUUGAGCAUUGUCUGAAUCCAAGUAAAGUAAAAUUUUCACCUGUAGUUACUAUGAAGAGCAGAGAGAGAGGGAGUUGUACAAACCUCUCAGUUUUCUCUGCAUUCGGCAAGCAAAUGCUGGCGAUGUGAACAAGCCUGCAGCAGAAUGCCACAGAGCCACACCAAAACACAUUCCACCUUAAUCAUUAAAGUAUUGACCGACAAUGCUGCAGGGUGCCUUUCUGCGAAUGUAACUACUGAGUUUAUGGCCUCCCGUGUUACUCUGUCAUCACACGCAAUCCUGCUGAUUAUUCAGCAGAAAUCAGUCAGAUUUAGACUUUUAAAGGUCAAUGUUUCAAAAUGUUUGAAGCUGAAAUUAAACCCUUAAAUGCUCUAAAGCUCCUCAGAAAAAGGGACUGCACAUCCUCCAAGGGGAAAGGUAAGUAUUUUAGGUCUCAAUGCCCCCUGAGGCUGUCCAGAUUAAGUGAGAGUGAAUCCAGGCAAAGACUUUUUAAACCUCAGUUCUUCACAAUGUAGGACCAACAGUCAGAGUUCUGAGCAUGAAGUCUAAGGAGAGAUGAUGUUUGAGACCCAACAGUGAGCUGCAGUUCAUGCUUGUAACUGGUAAAGGAAACUCAAAGCUAAAUGAAGACCUGAGAUUACAGUCAUGCAUUUCAGCUUGAGAGCUCUCUGUGUGGACUGUUUUCAGGCUGACAGCCAGAACCACAGACUGUAUAUACUGUGGACAACUUGGUUCUGCCUACCACCUGUAUACAGAUUUGAAGUCAAAAAGCUCUCAGUAUUUCCAGGAUUUUUCUUAAUUUCCUGAAACAAGCGCUGCGCAGUAGCUAUGUGUGCAUUCGGCGGGAGAGUCACAGAGAGUCCCUGUGAUGAUGCUCGGCUCAAACAGCGUAUCCUCCAGGUAAGUGACGCAAUCCCUGAACGCCCAUAGGCUGUAUCAGGUGUCAAUCAAAGAAAACAUGAACCCCCUAAUAACUUUUAAAAAUGGAGCUUCACAGAAAAAAAGAGGACUUGAGCACAAACCAGUCUUACUGUAACUACAUGUCAACAUCUCAAGCAGGGGGGAGAAAAAUUUAUGAAAAGUUUGUCCACAGCCCAAUAAGCUUUGCUGGUGGAGGCGGGAUUUGUGACCUAUACUGCAGCCCGUCAACAGAGGGUGCUGUUCUCGGAGUGGCUUCACCCAGCAAGGAGGAAGACGCUGUCCAUUCUAUAUACAGUCUAUGGCCAGAACAGACUGAUAAUGAUUGGACGAUACUCAUGACCUACAAAAGAAACACGUGAACACCUUUGACUCCAAAAAUGUCCUUCACUUUGCCAAACCUUGUGCUUCUCCACCAACCUUCCAAAAAACACCCAUGAUUUUGUUUCCUGUUUGUGUCUCUUUUCAAACAGAUUAAACUGUCAGGUGCUGAAAACCUUUAGUUUCUACCUGACUCUGGAAGUUGUACCUGACUUUGGGGGUUUUAGCCAAAUCUGGAGGUUCUAACUUGAACACAGUCUGAUACAGCUACAGGAGUGCGUUAAUAUAUGUGUUAAGUGUGUCUGACAGUCUGAAACCAAAAAGCAGAUUAAAGGAAAGUAUGUUAGGGUGCAUGAUCUAUGUUCUGGGUUUACUAAAAUCUCUUUAAUUUAGUUAAUUUGGCUCCAAGUCUGGAACAUCUCCUUGUAAACACACAAAUUCACAAAGCAUGUGUAAUCAGACCGUUGCUUUUGAAAGACACUGCUGGUAUACCUUAUUACCGCCCAACCCUUUUUUUUUUUUUUGGUGAAGAUGGACACUUCAGCAUGAGAAAGUGGGAGUGGGGUGUGUAAGCAUAUGACACCAAUGAAAAGUGUGUAUCUCAUAGCCAAUACGUGAGCAUUGGCAGCUAUGCAUUAGGCUUUAAAUGGGUUUGUGACAGUGCUGAGAUUUAUUUAGCAUCAGUGUCUUCCCCACAAUUUUUUUCAGCAGAGGUGCUUUUCGCUGUUACCCCCACUGUCUGGAACGUUACCUUUCACGUUGAUGGAAGAGAGUCUGACCGGAUUUGAUGCGCUCGUUGAUGACUCCAGUCGAAAAUAACGCCGUGUGUUGUUGUGCUCACACAGUGCAAGUAGCAAAUCAUUCGUGGUGCAUUUGUUACAGGUCCCAGGCACAGUGACCACUAUAACAAAAAGGAUGCGAUCUGUAAAAUAAAGUAUGAGUCUCAGAGCAAGAAGAAAUGGAAGCACUCAUACCUUUCUCCAGAUUGCAUCUCUUUAAUUUCAACUUUGUAUGUUUUACAUUUAGUGCAUUUCCUAGUCCUUUACAGACAUGAAGCUCUGAACACGUAAAAUUUCUUUUAAUAUGCAUCUGUGGCAAUAUGGCACCUUUAAUCUUUCAUUGACUUCCAGGAUAAUGGUGCAUAGCUCAUGAUUAAUCAUCCAUGUUCUUAUAUAAAUGCUAAGACUUAAUCAUAUGUGGACAUUGCACCUUAGACAGUAUUUUAAUAAGCUUAACAUGACUAUUUAAACAAAAUAAACCCAACAAAUAGAACAUUCUGGAACCAACAAACACAUUAGGCCACAUCAGGAGGCUUGUGAAAUAAAUUGGAGCGAUACAGUAAGUGAAUUAAAACUAACAUAGAGGGUAGUGUGAGUGAAUAAAGUAUUUAGCGCGAGCUGGCAAACUCUCGCGAUAACACAUUAAAAUCACGCGAGACUAUCGGCGCAGCGCGGCUAGCUUUACCGCCCUUACUUGCCGCGGCUCGAUAAACUUACUCUCAAGUCACGACAUUUAACCGAAAAUUACUAUCUGUCACUUAUAUAAUUAACACGAAACUCUAAGCUUUGCUUGAUAGCGAUUUCAGCCACUACUUACCUGUAGAAUAAUGGUAGAGUCUCAGAGCAAGAAGAGACACAAGCACUCGUACCUUUCUCCAGGUUGCGUCUGAAGCGGAGAUAGGAAGUCCGUACUUUAAAGGCAACCUGGAUGCACGACUACAGUGACAAAGGUUCCGCUUACCAUGUCUCUCCUUCACUCACCAAAAUUCACCCAGGAACCCAUCUCAUAAAUGUAAAAUAAUACUUGCCUCAAUUAUCAGACAAAGUGCUUAUUAAACUAAGUUCAGUCAAUUAUUUAAUAUAACAACAAAUGUGGUGGCAAACAUUUGGGGGCACUACUCAUUGAUAUUAAUGCUACUAAUGGUAUGAAUGCUACUCACUACAUAGACUAUGUAUAAGCUUGAAUGUUACAUUUCACGUUGUUGGAAGAGGGUCUGACAGGAUUUAAUGUGCCCAUUGAUGACUCAAGUUGAAAAUAACACAGUGUGUUGUUGUGCUCACACAGUGCAAGUAGAAAAUCAUUAGUGGCGCACUGAUAUUAAUGAUCAUGUGAAAGUGCAGCCGCAGUACUACAGCAGAAUGAAUGUAGGAGAAACACUGAGCAUCAACUUCAAAAAAGUAAGCAUCAUCACUGCUUGAGAGCUGUACUCUUGUUUUCUCAUCUGGAGCAGUCUCAGUUAUGUAAAAGACUUGUUUUGGUUACCUGUUCACUUUGCUUUGUGAUCUUUUUUUGUAUGUGUGCUUUGCAAAAGGAUUCUGCUUGCCACAGGUUCUGCAUUGCCUACUCUUAGCAGGGCAUUCAAAAUCAUGGGGAUAAUUACCUUCCUGCAGUGAUCAUUUGGAUGUUCUCUUUUGGACCUUUUGUUGUCAUCUAGUCGCUUUGUUGCACUCUUUUGACGUACUAAGUUGACAGUUGCUGAUGUGCCUUUUUUUAAUUCCAGUUGCCUGCAUUUCAGACAGUUCUAGAGUUUGUCCGUGGUCAAGGAGCUGAUAUAGAUGCAAGUCUACUUUCUCUGUGCUUUUCUACAAUGUCUUGAUGAUGCACAGCUUUGUAUGAUUUGCGUUUUUAUUUCUUCUUCAGCAUUUGCAAAAUCAUGGUUCUUAGCUAACAUUCUCAACCUGGUGUGAAAGCCGUUACAAUUUUAUUUAGGCAUUUAAACUGCUUUUCUAAAAAUGUAUAUUUGAUACUGACUAUUUUUCUUGCGAGAAAAAUAGACAGACAACUUUUGCUUUGUGUCUGCAUACUUAUCGUCCGCUGCGGCUUAAGUGGCAUAUACUGUAUCUCAUGUGCAUGUUCUCCGGCUAUGUGUAAUAGCAGUGCUUUGAGCCUAGCAUCUCCACUUGUGCUUUUUGCAGUGGUGUAAUUCUCAAACAUUUGCAAAUAUUUAUACUAGUGAGGCCUGACAGAGGCAGGGUCCAUUUCUGUGUCAAAAGGUGGAAGGGCAGCGGUAAUUACUGCCAUAGUUGCUCUGGAGUUGAUCUUUACGUGUCCAUGAGUGUCUUUGCUUAGCUUAGUUUAGCAUAGCUAGGUUGUUACCAUUCGUCUUCUUCUUCACUUCUCCAAAACAAUGGUGCUCCUGUCAACCCUCUUGGAUUGGAUUUUUUACUCCUUCUUGCAAAUGUUAUGUUUGUGUCAGAAGCUCAGAACAGCGUGCUUCUCAGUAAACACAUUUAUUGUCCAACUGGCAUGCGAACAAAACACCGUCUAAGUAACUUCUGAUGCUAUGCUGUAUCCCCAGCAGAUGGCACUAUUCUGCCAUGGUUACACUACAUUCCUGUACACCCCACAGGAUGGAGAAUAUAGCUUUGAUUGAACAUUUACUAAAAGCAUUAAGAGUUUUGUGUUGUUAAAAAUUUGGACAAAAGCCCCCAUUUUCACUGUCUCUGCAAAUCUGUUUGAGAUAUAAUAAUGCAUCAGAUAAUGCAUAUCGCGCUUUAUCAGAGACCCUCAAAGCGCUUUACUUUGGAUAUAUCGCACCUUGGUGGUGGUAAACUACCUUAGUGGUCACAGCUGCCCUGUGUCAGACUGACGGAAACGUGGCUGCCAUUUUGCGCCUCCGGCCUCUCCGACCAACACUCACAAUCAUAGACCAGUGGAAGACACACACUGGGAGCAAGGUGGGUUAAGCGUCUUGCCCAAGGACACAACGGACAGACUUUGGAUAGUAGGGAAUCGAACCGCCAACCUUCCAGUUACUGGAUGACCGCUCUACCUCCUGAGCUACUGCUGCCCCAGUGAUAUCAGUGAUCAGCCUCAUGAUAAUGGAAAGGUAUUAUCAGCCCUGAAAAUAAAAAAUAUUGGUUGACUCCAAGAAAUUAACAAUAAUAAAUCACUGGAGGAUUCAGUCAUUGAUAAUAAUAAAUAUGUAUGAAUCCACGUUACAAGGAUAUACGCAUGUGCAUCCAUACAGAAAUAAAACAACCACAUGGUUUUCAUAAUAAAAGCAUCACAUGUGAGUGUGCAGUCUGGAUUAGCUAAGGCUUAUACUCGGACAUGUAACAUAACUGGUUUAUAUCUGGUUCUUCAGGACUGCACCUUAAAGAUUAGAUAUAAUUGUUUCUGAAGGUCAUCAUGAAUUAUAUCAAAGCUCUUCAUGAGUGUGGGGAGCUUUAUUCCCUUGUCCUCUGACAGGUAUGUGAUCCUCACAUUCAGAAAGAUUUAUUAAAAAUAAUGGCCUUACAUGUUUUAACCACAUCUUGUAAACCGGUUUUAAUUCAUUAGACUAUUUUUAACUGCCUUUAACAGAAAUCUGAUCACCCCAUCCUUCUCCACACUUAGUGUCUCAUUCAUCCAGUCACACUUCAUUCAUCCAUUUACAUUAAACUUACCAUGUCACGUCUCAUUCAGACAUUGACACAAUUUAACCCAUUUACAUUACAUUAACACUAUAUAAGCUCCACAUUCACACAUUCAUACCACUUUUACCCAAUCAAACUUCAUUCACACUUUCUUCACAUGCACACCACAAUUACCUAUCUGCAAUACAGUCACCCACUUACACUGCAAUUUCUUAUUCACACCUCAUUUACAAAUCAUUCACUCAUUAAUACCUCAUUUACAGACUCAUACCUCAUUUACCCAUUCACAGCACAUUCAUCAAGUCACCCAUCAGAAGCCCAUUCACAUCUCAUUCACCUAUUCACAUCCCCUUUUACCCAUUCACACCACCAUCUCCUAUUCACUCAACAGUCACACCUCAUUUACCUGAUGACAUAACAUCAACACCACAAUAACAUCAUACUCACACAUCUUUUUAACCAAUCACACUUACACCAUAUUUGAUCAUUCGCACCAUAGUUACCAAUACACAAUACAGUUACCCAUUUACACAGCAAUUACCUACUCACACCUCAUUUACAAAUCAAUCACCCAUUCAUACCUCUUUCACCCACUCACACUACAUUCACCUAUUCACUCUAUAUUUACAGCACAUUUACCAAAUUACACCACAAUCUUCCAUCCACUUAAUAUUUACAUCUCAUUCACUCAUUAACACCAGUUUUCACUCAACAUUCAUCCAUUCACCUCUAAUCAUGCUGCAUAGACUGCUUGCAGACUCUCUACCAUCACAUUGUAGUGUUAAACCUGCAGUUCCUUUAGUGUCCACUAGAGGCUGGCUUUAAAGCCUAAGAAUCUAAACUCCCAUUUGAACAGCCUGUAUUUACAGCAGACUUACCUUGAUAUAAUUACACUAUUUGGUCUGAAAAGCUCAUCUUUACACCAUUUUAUUUUAGUGCUGACCCAAUGUAUCAGACCACCUGAUGAUGAGACAGCCCUCUUUUUUAGGACAGAUUGUUUUUUCUUUCUUAAGACAACAGUGAGUAUCUAGACUGCAAGAAACAUUCUCUAUAAAGAGGUGGGUAGUUAUUUUUUAUUUCAUUUUUUUUGAUAAAGCAAUGUUUUCUUUAUUUCAAACAGUGAAACUUCACAGUUAUAUAGAAUAGGAGUUUUGUCUCUUUUAAGGUGUCAGAUCUUAGAGUCUGUCACACAGAGGGUCUACCUCUUUCCAAACAUUAAAAAAAAUGCUCCUUUUUUUCCUCCAUCCUUCCAUCAAUCCAUCCAUCCUGCCAUUUAUCUACCCAUCCAAUUGUUAAUCCUUUUAUUCUUCUCCUGCCUAUUCAUUAAAUGUUUUACCACCCUACCUCCCAUCAUCCAUCCAUCCAUCAGUUUUACAGAUCUCUCUUUUUGGGGUCUUCAGAGGGUGGAGCCUUUCCCAGCUGUCAUUGGGUGAGAGGCAGGGUUACACCUUGGUCAGGUGUCCGGUCUAUCUCAGAGCCUGUGUUUUUUUAAACUGGGCCUGACUCCUGUCCCUGUCUACAUGCUGGAUAACCUUUUUCCACCGGAACCAGCACACAUCUCUGGAUCUCUGGAUUUAGAUCAGCAAAUGUUUCUGGAUCCCUGGAUCCUUAUUUCUCAUGUUCCAGUGAAAUCAUCCGGCAGUCUUUAAAGAAACUGACAGCUCAAACACGUUGAGUCUUGGCGAACACUUAGUACGGAAUAGUUUUCUGUCUGUCAUGAAUCCUGUAAUGAUUUAGUUUCUGCAUGAACCGUAGCACCACACCUUACAGCUCAAUAACCUCUCUUAAUCUCUGCUGUUUUCUGAAAUCCUCUGUGCAGAGAGAUUAGUCCGUUGGCUCUUAAACACUUUUUUGUUUGAAUAGCAUCCUGUCCUGAUAUUUGACUAUAUGACAAACUCAGCCCAGUCUCAAACCCCAGUCUCAGUUUUGUUUACUUGGGAUUACUCAACUGACAAAGAUUGUGAUUCAUCAAAACUCUCUGUACUCUCUUAUCCUUUUUGGCUCAUGAGUGCCACCACAACAACCUGCAGCCCACAAUACCUAACCCUCUAGUCAUGAGGCUGAGAAAGCAGCUGCUCAGGUGAGGUCAGUCACUCCGUACCUGCUGAUUGAUUGGAUGUGUUUUUUUUUUUGUUUUUUUUUAUGCACUGACUGAUCUCUGAAUGUUAAUGUCACCCAGGUCUGAACUUGCCUGCAGCUCUGCGUGAGCUUUCAACUCUGAUUGGGGCUGAGUGUACAUUAACAGGUGAACACACUGAUGACGGGUGGAUUCCUCUUUCUCAGACACACCUUCAACCCAUCAACCCUCCUUAGAGUGAAACCAGGACAGGUGUCUCCUCCUCCUCCUCUGCAGCUCUUCUAACACUAUAAAACAUCUCUGUCUCUGAGAGCUUCACACUGUCUCCUCUCCUCAGCUGAAGCAGAAAGACAGCCUUCUCCUCUUAAUCACCAUGAAUAACCGAAGAUUUGGCAGCUCUGCCUCCAUGUAUGGAAGUGGAGCUGGAUCAGGAUCAGUCAGGAUCUCUGGUGGCAGCUCCAUGUCCAUGUACAGCGCUGGUGGAGGUGGUGGAGGUGCCAGAGGUGGUGGAGGUGGCUUUGCAUACCUCGGAGGUAUGGCUGCUGCAGUCGGAGGUGGUAGAGGUUCUGGCUUCUCCUUUGGUGCUGGUGGUGGCGGUGGUGGUGGCGGUGGUGGUAUGGAAAUGGACGUCUCCGCCAAUGAGAAGGCCACCAUGCAGAACCUGAACGACCGUCUGGCAACUUACCUGGAGAAGGUGCGCAACCUGGAGGCAGCCAACGCAGAGCUGGAGAGGAAGAUCAGAGAGUUCCUGGACCAGAAGUCAUCCCCCUCCUCCAGAGACUACAGUGCCUACUACGCCACCAUCGAAGAACUGCAGGGAAAGGUAGGUCCAUCCUCCUGAUAGGCUGAAUUGUUGUCAUGUGACCUCUGAGAGUGAAGAGUGAAGUUUUCACUUCUUUCAGUCGAAAGAAACGUUAACUCUUUAUGCACACGGUCAAAGCUGUUCAUUUCAAAGUGAGAUGUUUAACUACAGUCUGCAAAUGUGGGUUGUGCAGACAGAAGUGAUAAAAUAUGUACUGUCGGCUUGACAGCUGUCUCCUCUCAUUGGUUAUUAUCAGGCAUGUUGUUCUCUGAUCUGGUCCAACAAGAACUAAAAAAAAGAGCAGAUUUAAGUUUAUUCCACCCUGAGAGGAAGAACAAAAGACCAAAGUACAGACAUCCCUGGGUGUCUGAACAAAUAUUUCAGCAUCACAAACUGAACAAACCAGUUAAAUUCAUCUAACUGUAGAGCUGGAAUAAAGUCAGAUGGGAAUAAAACUGCAUAGCUUUUUUCUGCUUCAGCUCAAACCUCUGUAGAUCAGUCCGAUUUUAAACAAAAGAGUAUUUGUAACACAGCUAUAGUUUACCAUGUGUUACUCUUGGCAUAAGCUUCAAAAACAAAGACCAAAAAUCAAAAAGUGAAUGUUUCUUCCUCUCUUUUCAUUUUUCAGAUCCUGGAAGCUGCCAAUGUAAACGCCGGCAUCUACCUCUCCAUUGACAACGCCAAGCUGGCUGCAGACGACUUUAGGCUCAAGUCAGUGAAUCAGUUCAUUUAGCUCAUUCGCUUAUUAGCUGUUUCCUGAUGUUCCUCAGUCAGGGAACUGCACACAGAUACCUAUGAUAGUAUUGUUAGGACAUGAACUCUGCUGUUAGCCUAAAAACAUUUAGGAAGAUCUAUCAGUAAUUCGUCAGCUGUUUCCAGGCAGAAAACCAUUAGCUGUGCUGUUAGCUUCCAUGCUAAUGUUCUCUGUUCAUGUGUUAGUUUGUGUUAGUUUUAGAAAAACAGCCCUCCAGAGACAGCAUUACUAACUGCUUCUGAUUUGCUCCUUUGUGCAGGUAUGAGAACGAGCUUGCCAUGCGCCAGUCGGUGGAGGCGGAUAUCGGCGGGUUAAGGAGAGCCCUGGACGAGCUGACCAUGGCCAGGUCAGACCUGGAGAUGCAGAUCGAGGGCCUGAAAGAGGAGCUGAUCUUCCUCAAAAAGAACCAUGAGGAGGUGGGUGAAUCUCUUUAAUCCAGUUCAGACUCCAGGAGGCAAUAUUUUAAAUCAAAAGAGUUUGUCACUUUUCCUCGGAUUAACAGUCGCCUUCAUCUUUGUUUCUGUCUGCAGGAUCUGAUGAACAUGAAGACUCAGAUGAGUGGUCAGGUGAACGUGGAGGUGGAUGCCGCCCAGGGACCAGACCUGAACGCGAUCCUGGAGGAGAUGAGGGAGUACUACGAAGCUCUCGCUGCCAAGAAUCGCAAAGAGCUGGACGCCUGGGCACAAGCAAAGGUCAGCUGUGUUUCAGGAUGUUUUUUUUUUCAGUGAAAUUAAGAAUAUAUUGAUCUCUUUUCAAAUACCAAAGAUACAAAUAUCCCACAUGAAGAAGACUGUCAUACAUCAUAAUUUUGAAAGAUCAAUUGAGAUGAAGUUUUAUAGUUUUAUGAAUUAUCAAAUCAGUGUCUCUGAGUAUUCUCACAGUUUGUUUGACCCUGCUGUUGUCUUUGUCCUCUGCACAGACAGAGGCAAUGAACAAAGAAGUCGCUGAAGCCACAGAAUCCACCCAAAUGUCCAAAUCAGAGGUCACAGAACUCAAGCGAACUCUACAGGCCCUGGAAAUUGAGCUACAGUCACAGCUUAGCAUGGUGAGCACCAUUCAUCAUAAACCUUCUACCUCCUCCAGCUGCUGUAAAUGAUAAACUGAACUUGCUCCUCUUCUCUGCUGCAGAAAGCUUCACUAGAGGCCACUCUGGCUGAGACACAGAACCGGUACGCCAUGCAGCUGUCAGGUUACCAGAACCAGGUGAGCUUGAUGUUACAUAUUACUGCUCAGGAUGUCACUGCAGAUUAAACUUUGAAAUCCAAACUCUUUCCUAUUCUUCUUCUUGUUCUCCAGGUGAUCAUGAUGGAGGAGCAGCUGUGCCAGCUGAAGGCACAGAUUGAGACUCAGUCCCAGGAGUACGACGCGCUGCUGGACAUCAAGACCAGACUGGAGAUGGAGAUUGCAGAGUACAGGAGGCUGCUGGAUGGAGAGGGCGGCGGGUGAGUAAUGGUUAACUUGGAGGAUUGAAGUCUUCUGAGUCUUCAGGAUUAUUUGUGAUCUUCCUUUCAACAAAAACCUGUUUUCAUUUGAUUCAUUUUAAGGUAAAGAGUCCCGUUAAUUAUGAGAGAAAUCAUUUCUGUUUUCUAGUAUAAAUCUGUCCUGCACUCUCAGCAGCAGCUUCAGGGAGACUCUUGGUUUAAAAUGAGAUAAGUUAAAGUCUGUGUCCUCCUCCUGCAGCUCUGGCUCAGGCUCUGGCUUUGGCGCUGGUUCUGGCUCUGGCUUCGGCUCCUCCGGUAUCAGCUCCAGUGUUUCCUCAUCCACCAUGAUGUCCUCCAGCUCUGGCUCUGGCUCUGGCUCAGGCUCUGGGUCCGGCUCUGGCUCCGGCGCUGGUGCUGGUGCAGGCUUAAGCUUAGGCACUGGCUCCGCAUCUGGCUCCACCUCCACCUCCAUCACCCAACAGAAGGUCAUCACGAUCGUGGAGGAGGUAGUGGAUGGAAAGGUGGUCAGCUCCAGCAGCUCCGAGGUCACCAGGGAGCUGUCAAAGAACUAAAGGUUCAAAUAAAAGUCUGCUGAGGAGCUUAAAAACUAAAGACUGCUUGUUGUCUUCUGUUCAAAGUAAUUGAAGUGCAGUUCACCUUACAGCCACUAGGCUUUGCUGUUGUGUUCCAACCAGUCAACAACAAAACUCGCAAAUAAAGUGAAAAUGACCAGUCAGUUCACUAUCAGCUUCCCAUCAAAGGUUUGAAAAAUUGAACAUAACAUUUCUAAACACCAAGAUUAAAACUUAUCAGUCAUCUCAUGUUUAUUCUGUUUUACACAAUCCUUCAAACUCACUAAUCCUAUAAAAAAAUUGCAGGCUGAUAACUGCAAUAUUAAAAAAAAAAUGCAGAUCAAUGUUGCAGAGGCCUUUACCUGUAUAUGAGUUUUCAAAUUAAGAAUGAAACACGUAAGAAUGCUUCUCAAAUGAUACAGCUGAACCAGGAAUCAAACAAGAAACAAUAAGUGACAAAAGUUAUCUUCUUAGUUAAACAAAACUCAGAGCUUGUCCACACAGUGAUUAUGACUCAAUUAAUUCUGACAGUCUAACACCACGUGUCAAAAUUUAGGGGGCGCAGCAACCUACAGUGGCCAUCGAAACUGCUAUGAUUUAAGAAAAUAAGUGUUUAGUUCUGUGUGAAAGCAGCAGGUCUUAAUUUUUUUCAAUUUAAGCUGCAACCAACCAGUCUGGAGAAACAAUGCAAGUUAUGAAAACCUGCAGUUCCUCACGUGUCCACUAGGGCUGGAUACAAAAGGUCAGCAAGCCACAAACACAUUUAUUUAAAAAAUUCUUAACAGAAAUAAACAUGAAUAUGAACAACAUCUAUCUCUAUCUAUCUUUAUCUAUAUAUCUAUGUCUAUAUCUAUAUCUAUAAACAAGCAUACUUUCCUCUGAUUGGCCACCUCUCUGGAGGCUCACUGUUUUGGCCCUGCUCCCUCUAUUGUGGUCGAUCAGCAGAGCUGCAGAGGGGCAGUGGAGUAUCAUUACCCCCAUAAACAUCAUAAAUGUAGACUAUACGUGCAUAUUAUGUCUAUGGUUUACCCCGCUCUGCUGUGGGUGUCACAUCACAGGCUGAUGGAGACAGGCCAUUCCACUUUGCAAAUCAACCGGUAAGGAGAGUCUAUAAUUCUUACGUCAGACUCAAGUAAAUCUCAUACAUAAACAAAGGUCUGGAUUUUUACGUGUUUGUAUGAGGCUUGAGCAGUUUACAUCUACUUUCUCUCUUUCUAACAAAAUACAUUUACCUUCUGAUUUGAAACUUUUUUGUUGUAAGUGUGGAAAGCAUGAUACCCCCUUUAAUAAGUGUGACUGACAAAAAUACACCCUGAGUCAACCUGCCGUUAGUAAGCAAGCAUGAAAUGUGGCUAAAUAUCUGUGAAAUACGAUAUUAUUUUAUCCAAGUUAAUGAUUGAAGUCAAGCAGCGUCCUCUAGUGGCCAUUGUGUUGCAUUAAUACUCAAAAUCAAAGGUAAGCAAUUGACUGAACCAAAAGUCUAAAAAUUUUCCAUAUUGAUUCGUCAGGGUCUACCUGAUUUGAAUAAACUACAGAUAACUAACAACACAGAUAGCAUUAUGUUCUGAAAAUGGGUCUCAUUUAUGAAAGGUUAAUAAAUUUAUGCGUAGAUUUUUGUGUAAACAUCACUGGUACAAAAAAAAAAACUACUCCAGAUUCAUGAGCACUGUGGAAACCCCUGAUUUGAUCAUGGACAUGAGUGUAAGUUCAUGAUAGUUAAUGAAUGCCAAUUGAUCGUACAGUAACCAUGCUCCUUAUAGCCACUAAUCAGCAUAACUCUCAGUCCAUGAAUAGCCAUUGAACACCAUAUAAGGAGGUGUGGACCUGUGUUUCCCAUGGACCACCAAGAGAAGGAAAUGAGAGGAGAAAAUAAACACACUUUCAGUUGCGGAAAAAGAAAUCAUUUUGGGUGGAGUGGAAUUCUCUGCUAACGUUUCAUGAAUGAGACCCAAAUAUAUACGACAGCACAUAACUAUGGGUCUACCCUGACAAAAACCCACAUUCUCUGAUCUAGCUGAUGACUUUGAUGGUGUUUCAGACAAACCUGGAUUAGAGUUCAAGUGUGAAGUUGAGUGUUCCAGUUACAUAUAAAGCUGUAUUGCACAUAUAGGGAUACUGGUGUAAACUCAUAUUUGCUCUUGACCUGGUAGUUUAUGAGCGACUAAAGGUUCUGCACAGAAUUUCCAUAAACAGACAUGUUAGAGCGUGUUCUUUGCCACAGGGAUAACACAUGUGUGCUAUACUGAACUGUAGCUGCACUCACUGACGUGUGUGUGUGUGUGUGUGUGUGUGUGUGUGUGUGUGUGUGUGUGUGUGUGCGUUUGCACAUGAAAAGCCUAAGGUACAAGGACUGAUGACAGAAACCAGUGGAGACUGAGGAUUGAGCGCCCUCCACCUGUCAGAUAAAGCAAUUUAAAGCAGUGCUUUACAGACAGAACAGACAGAAUGAUAAUGUAUUUUUUAAUUCAAAUACGAUGUCUGGGCGUGCUUUGUGUUUUUGUUUUCAGACAUUUGGAACUAUUUACAGCUGUUGUGGGGACUCUUUAACUAGUUAUGAAAUAGCAUAUUAAUGUUGCUUUGGGAACUACAGAACUGUUAAUUUUAGAUUGAUUAGAUUUUUUAGAUUUAGUCUUCACACUAAAAUGCUAUUUAGUUUUUGACACACUUUAGUCAUUUUUCCUUUUCUAAUUUUAGUCAACCAAAAAGCCUGCUGUCCCUGUUAAAACUGAUCUUUACCAGAACAGUUUUUCUGUGGACCCAGUAGCUGUUUUUAUUUUUUUCUUUAAUUGGGCUGGGGGGUCUGAACUCAGCCCCUGAUGUCAUUAAAGGGAUAUUCCGGCGUAAAAAUGAAUUUAGGGUCAAACACACAAUAACACAGAGUUAGACACCCCCUUGAGAGAUGAAUGUUGACGACAGCUUGCUUCUCUGGUGAAACCAACUUUGGUAAUGACCGCAGGAUAGCAAUACACAGCAGUCUGAGGAGCCAUAAACAAACCUCAACCAAAACGCCACUCUAUAGCCACAAAUAAUGCUCAUAAUAAUAAUAAUAAUAAUAAUAAUAAUAAUAUCUUACAUUUAUAUAGCGCCUUUCAGGAUACCCAAAGCGCUUAACAACACACUACAAAAAAAAAAAUAAACUAACUAAACAGCAGCUAACUUCAUCAACCGUACAUCUGGGUCCCAGUCAUAGUACGAGCCACCAAACAUCUUUUUAGCUUUGCCUAAUUUCUUUAGCAAAGAGACUAAACACAACGCACCUACUGUCUUCCAGCAGCCGCUUGUUUGUAGCGAGACCUUGGGCAAGUCCAUUAUGGACUACAGCGGGGUGACACAGCUCAAGUAAGAACAUUUAUGAUCAUUUCAUCAUGUUAAUGCAAUUGAACCAAGAACUACCACGUCUACAGUGCAAAAUGAUGAUUAUUACUUCAAGGAAAUUAUAAAGAAAUGAUCAUAAAUGUUCAGCUGUGUCACCCCCCAGCAGUCUGUACUGGACUGGCCUGAGGUCUCGCUACAAACAAGUGGCUGCUGGAAGAGAGUAGGUGCGUUGUGUUUAGUCUCUUUGUUAAAAAAAUUAAGCAAAGUUAAAAAGAUGUUUGGUGGCUAGUGCUGUGUACUGUUGAUGAAGGUAGGUGCUGUUCUGAACAUUAUUUGUGGCUAUAGAGUGGCAUUUUGGUCGAGGUUUGUUUAUGGCUCCUCAGACUGCUGUGUAUUGCUGUCAUGCGGUCGUUACCAAAGUUGGUUUAACCAGAGAAGCAAGCGGUCGGCAACAUUCAUCUCUCGAGGGGGUGUCUCACUCUGUGUUACGGUGUGUUUGACCCUAAAAUUAACCUUACGCCGGAAUGUCCCUUUAGGUCAAAGAGACGCCUCUGGGCACACUCAGCUCAUUGUGUGCUCAUAUUUGAUGAUUCAGAGUCGAUCACAACUGCACAGCAUCUGACUACAUUUUCUCUUUAAUUUGCAUCCAAACUGGGAAGAAACAAGGUUUGGAUGUUAACAUUAACAGCAGCUAAAAAGGUCAAAAGUCAGGUAUUUACCUGGCGACGCCCUGGUAGGUUCGUUUUGGUCUUUACUAUAAGUGUGCAUCAGGAAAAGUUUAUAAAUGAAGGUUAAAAAGAAAGAAAUGAAGGCAGAGGGGGUUUGUACCUGCAGUGAACUUGCAGAUAAAUGACCACGUUAACAUGUUAACACUGCAACCCUCAGCUGGCCCCUUACAGGGAUGCACUAAUUUUAUUUUGAUCGGGUUGCACAGUGCGGAAAAUAUGGAUAUUACUUGUAAGACAGUCCACCCGACAAAUUUUGGUAUUGUAACAGGAGGAAAAUCAAUAUUCAUCUGAGUUUUUGUGAUCAAUCAUGGGUUGUUGUUUUUUUUGGCUCGUUGUCAUCUUGUCUUUAUCAUACAUGACCCUGUCCAUAGCAGUCCUCACAUUUACAGAUUUUAUUAUAGACCCCUCUCCAUCAAAAGUAUGUGGGGAUUGAAAUUUCACUUUAGUCCUGCAGAGAAGUUGCUAAAAGUCAAAGUGAGAUCACCAAACAGAGCAACACCCCGGGGAACCAACGUGAUGAAGAUGUUAAAGAAGCUGCAGAAUUCAAACUAUGAAAAACUAGUUAAAACAUGUUUAAACAGAGAAUCACCUGAUUGAAUUUCUACCCAUCCAUCAAACUCUGUCACUCUGUCACUCUGUCAUUCAUCCAUUUAUACAUGGCUCUUUUCGUCUAGUUUUCUACGCCUGUCAGUAAAGCUGGUUGAACAGGUUUGUCUGGUUCCUCCUGCCUGGGGGAACCCUGGGGCUCCAUUUUUAUGUACACCGGGGACGCGGCGGAGGGUGGCGGACCCCGCGCAGUUCUAACCCUAAACCAGAGCUGCUGCUACCGCUAGUGGAGGGACGCUGAACUACAGUUUAGAUGACCAACGUUUCAGGCCCACAGAAACAGUAAGUAUGAAUAACUCGUUUUUCUGGUAUUUACUGGUGCUUUGAAACGAUACAUUAUAAACAGCGCCUCUGACACUCUUUAAAAUCUGGUGGUGACAGAAUCUUUCAAGAUGAAGCUCAGGCUUGUGUCCCUGUGGAGCACUCUGUGACAUCUUCUUUGUGAUAAACACUUCAUACAUAAAGGUUGCUUUUGCUCUGCUCAGCAGAAAUGACUAAGUACAAUCACAGACUAAACCCACAUCCUUAUUCACAGCAUUGAAGUUUUAAAAAGCUCCCAAAAACAGAGACUGAACGAAGGGGGAAGUCUUUAAGAGUGCAUGUUCUUACAGUGCAGCAGCAAUUUACGUCACAAUGAACCAUUGUUGGACAAACAUGUUCCUAUAACGCAUUUUUGUUGUCUUCUGUUUGAAGACAUACAGGGCUUAAAAGGAGGGUUGUAAUUUUCAGUCCAUGCUCCUCCCUCCAUUCAUUCCUCCUCUUACUAGGUGAGAUUCUGUUUUGCAUGUUUUGCUCCUCUGUCAGUUUAGAUGUAUGUUCUAUGACAUCGUCAAGCUAAUUUCUCUGCCACAGUUUCUCUGAUAUAUAUGACAAGUUUAUGUUUUACCACAGGCAGAGUUAUGUGGGCAGUCCACAUACUUUGUGUCAACGGUUUGUCCCUCUCCUGUUUCAACACGAUGAGAGCAGAGUAGACAGAGGCAGAGCUGCUCCUCACUCAGGGUUUUAUUUUGACAGGAAAGAGCUGUGUGCUAUAGUGUCCAACAAAUGACACCAGUGAUCUCCUUUCAAAGUUUCAGCAGGUCAUUUUAUUCACUUUGACUGAACCCUGUUAAGGUGUUCCCAGUUAUAACCUGGUUCAGUCUGGGGGCAGUCUGACUGUUUCGGUCAGCUCAGCUCCUCCUGGCUUGGCCUCUUUGUUUCUCAUAAGGGAUACAGGUCAGUGUUUAUGGUAGUUGCACAGCUCCUCAUUGUGUGACCUUGUAUUGUGUCACAGCAAAUAGAAGCUGAAGGAGAAGCUGCCACAAAGAUUUCAUUGUUUGCUCACACAAGUGCAGUGGAUUGAGUGGGGGGUGGGAGUGAUGCACGGCUCAGCAGGGCCAGAGUAACACCUAGAGACAACAGACAGGCCUGAGCCUGCAGAGGAAUCCAGGUGGGCUGAGGGUCCUCAGGUAUGUGAGCUGUGUCAGACUGAUCAGAGAUAAGGUGAAGGGCUUUCUUCAACAGAAUAAACACUCAGAGAGUAAACUCAGGUACUAUAUAGAUGUUGUGUAACAGAUAUGUGUGUUUUUUGCAUUCCUGCUGUGAUUCGUCUGUUUGUCAUGAGGCUCGACCCGCCUCAGUGUCUUGCCCUGAGGCAUGGAGCAGGGGCUGGACCUCCACCCCUCCCUCACAUUCAGGGAGGAUAAAAGGAAGUGAGUGCGACCUCACCCUCAUUCUCUCCUCUCCAUCCUGAGCAGACAGAAACCUCCACCAUGUCUUUCAUGGCCUACUCAGUUCGCAGGGCCCCCAGCGUCCAUGCCGGCGCCGGAGGCACGGGGACCCGCAUCUCCAGCAUUAGCGCCCCCAGAAGCUUCUCCUCAGGUGGGUUUUCUGCCUCUGGAGCCAGUGCCGGGUUUUCUGCAGCCGGGGCUGGGGCUGGGUUUUCAGCAGCUGGGGCCGGGGGCGGCUUCAACCUGGCCGAUGCCAUCGACAUCUCAGACAACAAGAGGGUGGCCAUGCAGAGCCUGAACGAGCGCCUGGCAUCCUACCUGGAGAAGGUGCGCAGCCUGGAAGCUGCCAACGCUGAGCUGGAGAGGAAGAUCAGAGAGUUCCUGGAGACCAAAGUCAAACCUCAGGGCCACGACUUCAGCGCCUUCAAUGCCACCAUCAGCGGGCUGCACGAGAAGGUGAGACCAGGUGCCGGUUCUGUGUGCUGGUUUGCCUUUUAUAAAAGUUCAGGCUGCAGAAAGCUCAGGCUGAAGGUUUGGGUUCAGGCUGCAAAUCAGAGUGAAAAAACAUCAUUGCUAACUCAAACUGAAGUUGCACUACGCCCUCAGGGGGGAUGAUAAAUCUGACAAAGAAUGGAAGGUUUCAGGUGAGACUCAGGUGUUCAUAUAUCUGACAAAGAAUGGAAAGUUUCAUGUGAGACUCAGCUGUUCAGUUGCACAGGCAGACAGGACGAUUGUUUCCUGCAGGAUGUGCUUCUGUACAGGUGCAACCACACCCUGAAGCUCACUUGCAGCAGGACACCUGAGCUGCAUUUCUCAGUUUGCAUCUAUAACAAUGAGGAGAAACAUACUGGUAUUUCCAUGUCUUCUCUUUAUGAGAGCAGCUGAAACAUGAAGCUGUGAGCAGGGCAGAGAGGUUACAGGCAAAUGUUAAGGUUAAAGGAAACUUUGAGUUUAAUGAUAAAUUGGACAAACUUGCUGCAACUCCCCACUGCCUGCUGCUUCAGAGAGUUUUACUGUCAGUACAAACAGACUGUGUUUAGAGCCCUGAUAAUCUGAUCAAUCAAACUCUUCCUCUGUUCUCAGAUCAGAGAUGCCACCUGUGCUAACGGCAUGCUCUACCUGGCAGUGGACAAUGCCAAACUUGCUGCUGAUGACUUCAAGGUUAAGUGAGUAUGAAGAACUAAGCUCAUCACAAACAGCUUUGAUAAGACUGGUUAGAAGAUAUAGUUCUGAUACCUCAGGGUAACAUCAUCCCUGUCUCAUGAGGCUAAUAAUCCAUCCUCAGAGUUUAAUAUUAAUUAUACUUACCCAGUUUGCAAAUUUAUGGGUGAGGAUUGGUUAUCCAUGACCCCAGAUCUGCAGACCUCUGCUCCAGCUAGAGUUCUCAGACCUGUAUCCUGUUCCUGUUUCAAACACCAUCAGUAGUUUAAGAUGAGAGAGUUGGUGUGACUGUUGUCUGUCGGCGUGCAGGUACGAGAACGAGCUGGCCAUGCGUCAGUCUGUGGAGGCCGACAUUGCUGGGCUGAAGAGGGUCCUGGAUGAGCUGACUUUGGGAAGAUCCGACCUGGAGAUGCAGAUCGAGGGUCUGAGAGAGGAGCUGAUCUUCCUCAAGAAGAAUCACGAGGAGGUGAGCAUCACACUGCAAACGAACUGCAAUCACAAACAAACGGUUUGAAAACAAAAGUGGUUAGGAACACCAACAUUGGAUAGAGUCAAGGUUUAUCAGAGUGUCUGUAUGACAGAAGAAAUUCUGUUAAAGAGAAGUUGGUAAAACGUGGCGUCUAUGGUGAGGUAAUAGUCAAUGAGAAUCUUUGGCAUCUUGGGAAGGGUUGAUGGUUUGAUGAUUAUAAUACUCUAAUUGUAUGAGUCAUUUAGGCAUGUUUACAUUUCAGUCAAAGUCUAAGCCUCCUCUGUAGCUCAGCAAAAACAGACCCAAAACUGACCAAAGAAUCAGGACUAGCUCGGACUCACAUGGAUAACUUUGUUUAUCCCAUCAAGGUCUGAUCCUCUUAUGUGUUUGUGUCUCUGCAGGACCUGCUGGCCAUGAAGGCUCAGAUGGGAGGUCAGGUGAAUGUGGAGGUUGACGCUGCUCCUCAGGCGGACCUGACCGCUGUCAUCGCUGGAAUCAGAGAACACUACGAAUCUGUCGCCAACAAGAGCCGCAAAGACCUGGAGGCCUGGUUCCAGGCAAAGGUGAGCAAUGUAAACCCUCAGAUUUCAGUCCAGUUUAAAUUCAUUCAUAAAGUUGAUUUAAAAACAAAAACAGUGAGCCGGAGAAGUAUGACCGAUUAUAAAAACAACACAAGAGAAAUCCACUCUGAUAUGUGAUUCAGCUGCAAAACUGUCUUACAGCAGAGUGUCGUCUGCAUACAGCUCAAUCACUGGACAGUGUCAAACAGACACAUGGUUUCUGAUGUUUAAUCUUUGUGUUUUUACAGAGUGAAGAGGUCAAUAAGGAGGUGGCGGUCAGCACAGAGACACUUCAAACAUCACGCUCAGAGGUCACGGAGGUCAAACGCACGCUGCAGAGUUUGGAGAUUGAGCUGCAGUCUCAGCUCAGCAUGGUGGGUUCACUCUUUCUGCUCCUCAUUUUCACAUGACUCAAUAACGUCUGUAAAUCCUCUGACACCUACUCUCUCCUCCUGCAGAAAGCCUCUCUGGAAGCAACUCUUGGCGAAACUAACAACCGUUACGCCAUGGCGCUGGCCGGGUACCAGAACCAGGUGAUGAGACUGGAGGAGCAGCUGGCCCAGCUGAGGGCCGACCUGGAGCGUCAGGGACAGGAGUACCAGAUGCUGCUGGACAUGAAGACCAGGCUGGAACUUGAAAUUGCUGAAUACAGGAGGCUGCUCGACGGAGAGUUGUCAUCGUGAGUUCAUCUUUCCAUAUUAGACUUUAUCUACUAUGAUGGCGUCCCCUGGUUGCUUUAGACAGAAAAACCGUCAAUGUAACAUGUUCCCAUAACAACCAGAAACCUGAAUUUGGGAAAUGUUGGGUCAGGUACAGGAAGAACUUGUGAUUUGGGUUAGAAGGAGCAUCGUGAGGGUGGUAGCUGACUCCUGAAGGUGCAUUUGGUGACACAUAACUUAAAGAUACAUUAUUUAUUUUUCUAAUAUUAAACCAUAGAAGGUUUCUGGUUUCACAUUCAGCUAAAAAUCAAUGUCUGUUUUUCCAAAUCCAUCCAUCAUCCUGAUCACCUACACCAAGUUUGAAGGCAUUGGUUGUCAUGUAGAUUCUGACUUGUUUUUGUGUCUCUGCAGAUCUCAGACCUCCACCACCAAAACCACCACCACCACCACAAAGAAAAUCCUGAUCGUCACCAAAGAGGUCGUGGAUGGAGAGGAAGUCAGCUCUGAGGUCUCAGUGGCCGAGUGA